CCAGGGACUCGCGGUGAAGUUAGCUGCAAAGUGACGUUGCGCGGGCGGGGCCCUGCUGACGUGCCGGGGAGGGGGCGUGGUCUGUAGCGGCGCUGUGUGAUGGCCGCAGAGGCGCUGGAAGCGGUGAGAGUGUGAGGCAGAGAGCGAGGAGCCGGGGAGGAGGAGGUCAAGGCGGCCCGGUGAGGGGAGGCCGAGGACGGGAUAUCCGCCCUGGUAGGUACCGUGUCGCUGUGUGCCCUCCCGAUACCGGGCUUUCUAUUAAUGGCUCUAGGCCAGGGAUGGCCAACACCAUCAAUCCUGUUCUAUCGCUGAGCCUUGCCGGCAAAGCAUCAUGGGAGUUGUAGUUUUAGAACAGCUGGGGAUCUGCUGCUCACCCUUACUCUAUAUCAGUGCAGCUCUGCUCCCAGCCAUGGAUCCUCUGCGAGGUGUGAGGUCUGUCCCUGCUGUCUAUCUAUCUGCCCAUUCACAGCUCAGCAGCUAUCUGUUAAAUUAUCUAAUUCUCUUUAUUACUUACCCCUGACUACCCCAAGCAUCUGGCUCCCUUGCCCCCCCUGACUCCCUGCCCUCUUCAAGAGGCAGGUAUUGUUACUAAUACUAUAAUUUAUAUAGCGCCGUCAUAUUCCGCAGCGCUGUACAAUAUUAUAAAAGAGGGAAAAUAUAACAAUAAGUGAGACAUUUGCAAAAUGUUACAGGAGCAAUAGGUUGAUGAGGACCUUCCGCGAAACAAUUACAAUCUAAAAGAGCGGCACGCUGGCCGCGAGGGGGGUAUCGCCGGCUGCCCGGCCGCAGGGGGGGGUACCGCCGGCUGCCCGGCCGCGAGGGGGGUUGGGUAUCGCCGGCUGCCUGCAUUCUUUCUCUGACUACUACGUUUUGUGAUGUUACUUUCAGAUCUGUCUAUUAUUUCAAUGAGCGGAUUUCCCUUCAGAUCUUCUCCCAUACGGUCUACUGUCUUUGUUUAGCUGUCUCUGUGUUACUUGGGAUUGCUAUUAGCCCCUCCUUGCUCAAUCUGUCUGAACUUCCUGUGAACAUUCCUCCUUUUCCUCUGUAACUGGCUGUGUGCAUAUGUCUAUGUGUCUGUCUGGCCCACAGGCCCCCCUAUCCUGUGACAUGAUUAUCAUUUAUAUAGCGCUAACAUACACUGCAGUGCUUUACAAUUAUAAAAUGAGAUAUAUAACAAGUAGUUUUACAUAUGGAAUAUAACAGACGGGUUGAAGGCCCUGCUCAAAAAAGCGAACAAUCUAUGAGAUGAACAUGUUUGUUCACUUAAAUAGGAAUUGUAGAGAAUUGAGAAGAAAAAUGCAUUUUUUUCAGAUAUAAAUGUGUAAAUCCUUUCAAUGUGUCAUUUUUUUUUAAAACCUUUGUCCCUCUAAUUUAAAACUCUGUCCUCUUGUUUUUCUUCUUUUAAAUAUACUUUCAUCCUUUACUAUGGUGAUUCCCUUUAUGUAUUUAAAUGGUUCUAUCAUAUCCCCCCUGUCUCGUCUUUCCCCCAAGCUUUACAUGUUAAGAUCCUUUUAACCUUUCCUGGUAAGUUUUAUCCUUCAAUCCAUGAACCAGUUUAGUAGCCCUUCUCUGAACUCUCUCAAAAGUAUCAAUUUCUUUCUGAAGAUACGGUCUCCGGUACUGUGUACAAUAGUCCAAGUGAGGUCUCACCAGUGUUCUGUAUAAUGGCAUGAGCACCUCCCUCUUUCUACUGCUAAUACCUCUCCCUAUACAACCAAGCAUUCUGCUAGCAUUUCCUGCUGCUCUAUUAAGUUGUCUUACUACUUUUUAAGUCAUCUGAAAUUUUUACUCCUAAAUCCCUUUCCUCAGAUGUUGAGGUUAAGACUCUAUCAAAUAUUCUGUACUCUGCCCUUGGAUUUUUACGUCCAAGAUGCAUUAUCUUGCACUUAUCCACAUUAAAUGUCAGUUGUCACAGCUCUGACCAUUUUUCUAGUUUACUUAAAUCAUUUGCCAUUUGGCUUAUCCUUCCUGGAAUAUGUGACAGGCAACAGCGGGUUGUAGUUAAUGGAAUAUAUUCGAAGCUUGGACUUGUCACCAGUUGGGUACCUCAGGGAUCUGUACUUGGACCCAUUCUCUUUAAUAUUUUUAUUAGUGAUAUUGCAGAAGGUCUUGAUGGUAAGGUAUGUCUUUUUGCUGAUGAUACUAAGAUAUGUAACAGGGUUGAUGUUCCAGGAGAGAUAAGCCAAAUGGCAAAUGAUUUAGGUAAACUAGAAAAAUGGUCAGAAUUGUGGCAACUGACAUUUAAUGUGGAUAAGUGCAAGAUAAUGCAUCUUGGACGUAAAAACCCAAGGGCAGAGUACAGAAUAUUUGAUAGAGUCCUAACCUCAACAUAUGAGGAAAGGGAUUUAGGGGUGAUUAUUUCUGAUGACUUAAAGGUAGGCAGACAAUGUAAUAGAGCAGCAGGAAAUGCUAGCAGAAUGCUUGGUUGUAUAGGGAGAGGUAUUAGCAGUAGAAAGAGGGAAGUGCUCCUGCCAUUGUACAGAACACUGGUGAGACCUCACUUGGAGUAUUGUACACAGUACUGGAGACCGUAUCUUCAGAAGGAUAUUGAUACCUGAGAGAGGGUUCAGAGAAGGGCUACUAAAUGGGUUCAUGGACUGCUUGAUAAAACUUACCUGGAAAGGUUAAAGGAUCUUAAAAUGUAUUGCUUGGAGGAAAGACGAGACGGGGGAUAUGAUAGAAACAUUUAAAUACAUAAAGGGAAUCAACACAUUAAAGGAGGAGACUAUAUUUAAAAGAAGAAUAACUACCACAACAAGAGGACAUAACCUCUACCACUUCAGCUGGAAGACUAACACAGUAAAGGAGUUUAAGCCUGCGUGGGAUAGGCGUAAGGCUAUCCUAACUAUAAGAUAAGGCCAGGGACUAAUGACAGUAUUUAGAAAAUUGGGCAGAGUAGAUGGGCCGAAUGGUUCUUAUCUGCCGUCACAUUCUAUGUUUCUAUGCAACAUCAACCCUGUUGCAAAUUUUAGUAUCAUCAGCAAAAAAACAUACCUUACCCUCAAGACCUUCUGCAAUAUCACUAAUAAAAUUUUUAAAGAGAAUGGGUCCAAGUACAGAUCCCUGAGGUACCCCACUGGUGACAAGCCCAAGCUUUGAAUAUACUCCAUUGACUAAAACCCUCUGUUGCCUGUCACUCAGCCACUGCCUUACCCAUUCAACAAUAUUGGAAUCCAAAUUUAAAGAUUGUAGUUUAUUGAUAAGCCUUCUAUGUGCAACAGUGUCAAAAGCCUUACUGAAAUCUAGGUAAGCAAUGUCUACUGCACCACCCUGAUCUAUUAUUUCAGUUGCCCAAUCAAAAAAAUCAAUAAUAUUAGUUUGGCAUGACCUCCCUGAAAUACACCCAAGUACAUGAAAGCUGUGCAAAUCCCAAGUCUUAAAUAUGAUAUCACUAAGUAAUGUUAUAACACAUAGGUAAACCCUUCUCUACCUUCUAUGCAGCAGAGUCUGACAAGGCAUCAUGGUAUUUGUACUUCUAAAACAUUGGGUGAUCUGAAUUUCCCUGCUCUACAGUCUUUAUCUCUUGGUUAUUAUAUUGUUUUGACUUAAGAUUUAUGUUCUUUAUUUAGUAAGUCUUCUAUAUUAUACGUAUUUCACUACUUAUUUAAAAUCACACUCUAAAGACCAUAAUCACAACAGGGCGUUGUAGUGGUUAUGGGGCCCAGAGUGCCCUGGCACCCAACCCUACCACGGUUCUUGCAGACUUCUUACCAGGGGUUCAGUUUCAGCUUUGUCUCCUAGAUGGUAGUUCUCCUCCCUUAGAUAAGCCUAGCCUGCACAGCAGGAUUUAGUUUAGGAGAGCUAAAGGAAGCUCCUAGCGAGUGCCUCAAGCUUCUCAUGGUGGCUGGGACAGGCUACCAGCAGACCCCGGCUAAGAAGACAAACUGUUACAAAAAUUGUUUAACAACUUGCUUGGCCAUUCCAUGCACCAUAACUUCUACAACGCACUGUAGUUGUUAGGGUGUUUGCAGUGUUUCUUUAACUCCUCCUGCUAAAGAAUAACCUGUGAAGUUAGCUCACUGAACCAGGACUGGACAAGAAAAUUGCAGAUUUUAGUCUAAAAUAGCUGAGUUAGAGAAUUCUUUCCAGUUCAGAAAGCUUGACCUUCAUCUUGAAGUUUCUUAUUAAUUCUUCACAAUCUCUGUUUAAAUGGUUAAAGCACUGCUUUGAAAUCCAAUUACAAAACCUUUUAUUUUAAUCCGAUUUAUAAAAGAUUGUCUAGUUCCUUGUACCCAGUUCUUCACAAAUUAAAUAUAUAAUUGGCUGCUAUAAUUUUCUGUUGUCACCUAAUAUUUUGUUUUUGCACUUUAUAAAGACUUGUAGAAAUGUACCAAUCUGUGUGUUUUUUUUUAUUUUUAAAUAAAAAUCAAGCCAGUUUCUACAAAAUUUGGGAAUUUAAAUUGCACACAAUACAGUCCUCCGGUAGAAUUUUAUUUUUUUUACUGCACAGUCUAGUGUAAAAUGUCUAUUGCUGUUCAUCUUGUGCCAUUAUGAUUCCUGAAGGGCAGACGGCACAGCGUAGUGUCCUCAAGACUUUCUUCAGACAUAUUCUAAUCAUAACUCUUUACUCUGAAUUGCAGCGAUCUUGCCAGGUUAUAAAUGGCAAUCAUCACUUUACAUUAAAAGGCAGUAUACUGUUACAUAUACGUCCUUGUCAUGAAAUUGAUGGCUUGCAUGUUUGUCAAAUGCUUUUUCACAUUAAAACAUGCAUGUUGCUUGAUUACUGGCACUUGGUUAACUGGGCUUCAGCACAAUAGCUCUUUGCUACUGCUGAGAAAAGGACACUGCAGUGCGUAGCAUACAGCAGUUUGUGUUGGUUCCUUCAAUUCUGUGCUAGAAACCAAGGCAGUGGUCACAGACAGCAAAGUUUAAUACGUGCGAUUAGUUCAGUUAAAGCUAAUUCUGCAGUGAUAUUAGUAUUUGUAGAAUGUUUACCCUUGUUUGCAUAUCUGUGUUUUGUUACAUGCAUUGUGGUUACUGUUAUUUGUAUCCCAUGAACAUGUAUGUCAUUAAAACAGACCAUUCAAGUCCUACACCCCCUCCCCUUUCCAGAUGCUCUUUAACUACAGCUCUGGCCAUCCAUUGCAUUCAAAGAAUUUAGGAGUUGUAGGCCAUUCAAAGCAUUCUGUGCUUUUAUAAAAUUCUGCCUAAUACGACUCUCUUAAAGCGGCUUGGCCACCAUCUGGGGGCUUUGCAUAAUUUGUAUAGACGCUCGACAGACAUCGCCGCUGGGUGUCCCGUGGCCAUGGUGGGGGGAUUCAUGGGUGCCGCCAUCCUCUUCUGAAUGCUCUAUUUAAGCUCCUGGCACUUCAGCUGCUAGGUGCCAAUGCCAGCGCAUGUGCCACAGAAAAGCCUUGAAAUCCAUGGAGGAUCCCGCAAGACUGCCAGAUCCUCCAUAGAGAUUGCUUUAUUUCCCUACAGCCAUCACCGGUAAAGGCAGGGGGAAAGGACAAUUCUGCUUUUUUGUCAAGAUUGUCAAACAUAGGGAAAAUACUGAGGCACAGUAGUCCGUACAUUUUGUGUGUCUCUAUCUUUUGACUAAGUUGGAGUUAUAGUGAAAUUCCAACACAAUCAUUAUGAAAUACUAAUUACUCAUAUGGGUGUGUCAUAGCUGCUAACCCCUGGUCCAAAGUUUGUGGUCAAAGACUGAUAAUUAACUAAAAAAUUUAAUUGUUUUUUCUGGUCUGACAACCUCUUUUACUCACUUUAUAGGGGCACUGUAUUAUUUUUAUUUAUAAAGCACAAACAAAUUCCACAGAGCUAUACAUUAGGUGGGCUAACAAUUGGUUGCAACUAAGACAAGUUAAACGCACAGGAACAAAAUGUGCGGAAUGACCUGUUUUAAACAAGCACAAUAACCACUACAGCAAGUGAAAGUGGAUAAACAGAAGUUGAAUUCAGUUUCUUCAAAAUUUCUACUGCAUUUAUUGGCUUCACAUCUUCUCACUCUCCCGGCCAAUCAGUGGCAUCCAAAUUUUGACAGAAUUUACGUUGCUAAUCCUGAAGUUUUGCAAUCCAGUGAGCAAAGGGCUGGGUCUUGAUGUUUGUGUAAAAAUGCACAACUGGUUUGACACCGAACCUGGACAUAAAGAUUGUAGCCUCCUCUAAUCACAAAACACAAUCACAGGAUGCAGUAGUUAUGGUGCUCAUUUUCCUUUUAAACUAGUGUUAAUCCUAGCACCAUGAGCAUGUCAGUGAUUUGAAGUGCUUAUGUUGCCUGGAGUCUAUGUGCAUUGAAUCGCUGCAAAUAUGGAAAUUAACCUCUUUGUUGCUUGAGGUAUAACUUCACCUAAGCGUACAUAUUUACAUGCACAGAGUUACAUACGUUGGCCUUAUAGCGGUCAGCUGGCGCUCUCAGACGUUCGGCAUCCUACUUCUCCAACUCUGCAGAAGCUGCAGGCAUGCUACCAACUAGAGAAGAUGUAAGAGGCCAUAACUGGGAAAUGGAGCAAGGGUACUCUUGGCAUCUUAAUCACUAUAGGGCAAGCAUGUCAAACUCAAAGGCUAGCACGGACCACAUAAACAAGGUUUAGGUUUAUGUGGACCGCAAAAAAAACAAACUUUACAUUUUCAUAGAAACGUAGGUUUGUUUAAAAAAAAUACAGUAUAAAAAAACAGCAUCCCCCUCUGUACUAAUUUACAGCCCUCCCUCUGUACUUAUUCAAAGUCCCCAGCACCCCCCUCUAGUAAACCCCAGCCCUUGUUCAAAAAAACAAUAUUAGCCAACGAGCAGACUCCACUCACAUUGCCGUUGCCAGUAUCCGACUCCGGAGUCCAGCCUCUGGUAUACCCCCAAUGGCGCUGUCCGCAUCCUGUGCCAAACGGAUCCUCCUGCUACUCCUUGAAAACCUGUGAAAGUGGAACACAUUAAUGUCACGUCAGAAUGUGGCGUUGCAUGCCCCGCCAGGUUCUCCACUGUCCAGCCGCUGCCAUCGCAACCCUGACCAACACACAUACACACUGACAGAGACACACACUGACCAUCACAUACACUUCAACAUUCUUGCACACACUUGCAUCAUUGUAUUCAUUGCUCCCUACCUUUGGGAGCUGGUGUGGGACCUCUCUCUAAUCUUCUCUUGGGAGAGCUCCGCGUUCUUGCUCCUCACUGCCCCUGCACGCGCAGUUUAGUGGUGCCGGAAUAUGACGUCAUAUUCCGGUGAUCGGCUUCACUCCAGACGGCGCGUGCAAGGGGGCAGUGAGGAGCAAGAAGACUGAGCUGCUGCCAGAGAACGCCCCCCCAUUCCCUCCCGGCCAGGUAAAUGAGCAGAGUAGACACCUGCAAUGUGGAGAAAGCGGGUGCCUACUCUGCUUUAGUAAGCAUGUCAAGCUCGCGGCUGCAAAAUUAUUCAUAGUGGGCCGCGAGUUUGACAUGCUUGCUAUAGGGAUUAUGGUGUGUGGAAUAACCCUUUAUCUUCUUAGCUAUGCAAUUUUGCUGCAUUGAUAUGAAUGUAUUUAUUUAUAAAAAAUAAAAAGUCUGCCCACUAGUUGGCAUGGAAACCAAAUUGUUCUUAAAGGGACCCUCUCAUAGAGGGAUGACACUAGGCCCUCUUUGCCUUCAGUUUUAAAAUGUUUUCAAAUGGUUUAAUGCUGAACAAGUGUUCCCCAGUGCUCCCUGGAGGUCUGACUAGGCAGAGAUUGCUUUUCACGUUAGCAAUACUAAGUCAUACCAGCGAUGGUCAGCUGAUAUACUCAGUCUGUCACUUUCUACCUCUGUUCUGGUUAAUAGGAAUGCAUUGAUAAGCUGCAUUGAGAGGCUAUGUCUGCUGGGGAAUCUGAUUCAGUGUUAAACUGUUCAAUGUGAUGAAGUGAUAAGUCACUUCCUUUUAACCUCAUAACAGUCCCAUGACUCUGUCGUCGUUGUGUAUGGGUGCACUUAAACAGAAAAGGCAAAAUUGUGGUUGAGUGAAUGCAUGGCAAAAGUGCCAAAAUUUUGAAGUUGUUGCAUCUCAAGAGCCCUGAUCCGUAAGAGGUUCAGUUUCUUUUAGUUUAAGGCAUAUUAAUACCCUACUAAGGAAGCAAGAAAGGACGGUUAUGUAUGCCAUAUUUAUUCAUGGGAAUGCAUUGGGGUCUAUUCACUCAACAGAGUAUUGUGGUGAAUUUAUAAGUGACUUACAAAGUUUAGGCAAACAGUGACUAAUUUGGAGAAAAUGGACUAUCAUGCCGAAACACUCUGCAUGGUCCCAGUGCCCGCAGCACUGCAUGAGGGCAUCUAAUGAUGGAAUGCUCCCUGGUGUCACCAGGAUCCCAAAGUCUGGACUGUACUGUUCUGCUGGAAGUUGGCAAUUUGGGAGGCAUGGAAGCACAAUAUAUAGUUGAAGUUCUGAGCUGCAUAAAGUGCAGAGUAGGCAGACUUAUAACAUAUGCAAAAUACUGUUUGCAUUAUUUUUGUUUUUUGACAAUUUCUUGAUUGUGUUUUCUUCUGGUUCUAACUUUGGAUAGCUGCCAUUUCCUUGUGUCAUGACAUUAAAUUGUGUCUCCAGAGUGCACUGCAAAAUUCCUUCUGAUCUGAAACCGUUAAACCAAGAUGACUGUUUUGGAAACAAAAUAUUAAAGGGAAACUAUGGGCAACAUAACUGCAUUGGAAUUAAGUUAUGGUGCGAGGAGGUUCAAGGUGCCAGCUUACCUAAAAGGGUUAAACCGUUAAUGAACAGUUUAACCCCAAUAUAUUCAGUCUUUCACCUGUUAGUACUGCUUUCAAACUUUCUCUUAUUGUGUCUUGCUGAGAUCUGAACCAGUGAGCCUAUUGGAAGUCUUGCGCAAAGAAAGGAUGCUCAGAGGCAGAGAUAAUGGUUCAACGGUUUACCUUUUCAGUUAAUCUAGUGCUCAGGUUCCCCUUCUUAAUUUCUUUCCGGAACUCCAAAUGCAUUUCGUUACCCAUCCUUUCAAGUAGAUGGCUGAUUGGGUCCUUAGAACAGCAGACACCUUUUGAAAAGACUAUGAAGUAUUCACAUUGUGCAGUGGCUCUCUUCUAAAAGAAAAUCAACACAGUCCAAGUUUUUAAAUUUUUUGUUAUUCUUUAUUUUUAUGGGCAAGCAUUAACAUUCCGGUACAUUGUGUGAAGAAAAGGUAUCAAUCAACAGGUAUACACGUUGGCACAAUUAAUGUAUAGACUUAAAUGUUAGAUGAGCUUAAAUCCCUCCUAUCUCAGCCAUAGUGUAGUCAGAUUAUGGGCUGGAGCUUAAAGCUCCUGUGUAAGUAACUGUAUAGAGUAUGUCAUAAAAUAUGUAAGUUUAAGUCGCGGCUAUAUUAAAGAGCUUAAGCUUGGUCGUUAUCUAUAACCUAGGACCUUCUGAACGGAUGGCUGGUGGACGGUAGGGCCAGCUAGAUCCGCUUCUGAUCAAAUAUUGCUUGCGGACUGGAAAGGAGACAAUGCACGUCCCAGUAGUGGGGAGGAGGGGGUUAUUAACUAGGCAAUUGUCCGUGUAUCAGCUUACAGAGCCAGGCACAUUGGUUCGUGCAUUAUUAAAAUAAAGUCUCAUAGAAUGUGAUGGCAGAUAAGAACUGUUUGGCCCAUCUAGUCUGCCCAAUUUUCUAAAUACAUUCAUUAGUCCCUGGCCGUAUGUUAUAGUUAGGAUAGCUUCAUGCCUAUCCCACACAUGCUUAAACUCCUUUACUGUGUUAACCUCUACCACAUUGGCUGGAAGGCUAUUCCAUGCAUUCACUACCCUUAACAGUUGAAAUAUUAACUAAGCAAACAGUUAAAAUUAAAAAUUAAACCAAACGUUGGUAAGUAGAACAUGAAAUUGCAGCACAAAUAUCAACAGCGGUUGAUUCAUGUGGGUAAGACAUUUGUACUUAGUCCCGGUCCCCUGGGUACAAAGGGGUUGAUGCUGCCAACAGACCACGAUGGGCCAGCUGCUGUGGGUAUUGCUUCCUCCAGUAUACCCAGAGACCUGAGAAAGGUCAGCACCUCUGACAGUUGUACCAAAUCGAUUACUCAGACAGUAAUUGAUGGGGAACCCAUUUAUAGGGGAUAGAGUGCUCUCGGAGCUGCUGUGUGACCUGUUGCAACGAUCUCCUCCACAUGAGGGUGUGCCUGGAAAUGUCUAUGAAAAGUGUCCCAUAAGGACCCCCUGUCUGAGUUCCAAAAAUUUGAUCAGCACAUCGCGUGGAGCAUCUUUGGGCGCUUUGGUGGCCCUAGGUAGACGAAAAACAGUGUCAACUUCAAGCUGCUUGACCUGCUUAAGUAAUAAUAGCGUGGCUAUGAGCCUCAUGCAGUAAUGGGGCAAUUCAGUAUUGGUGACUGAUUCCGGCACCCCUCGAAUCCUCAUAUUUCAUGCUUUUGACACUAUCCUCGAUGCUUGCUAGUUGUGCUGUCAGGGAACUGCAUUGUUUCUGCAGCGAACUCAGGGCAGUACCCGUGGCCAUUUGAGGCACCCCUGUGCCCUUGAUGUGUUCUUCGGCUGUCGCCACCAGUUUGGUAAGUGUGGAUAGCUUUUCCCUGACAAGCGCCAUGUCUGCGUGGAACAUGACUUGGAUGUCCUUCACCAAUGCCUUUAUGUCUGCUUUCGUGGCGGGAGCAUAGUCCCCAGCUCCAAGGGUGCCAUAGGCUUCGCCUGUACCUGCGAGAUUACAGGUAAGUUGGUUACUGUGGGCCGUCGUCCGAUGAGGGGGAUGCAGUCUGCCGGUGCCAUCUUGAGAGGAUCAGGCCGCAUGGCCAUGUGCAUGGAAGCCCCCAUAUAUCUGGUGCCCAGGCUGGGAUCUGCUCUGUGCUCUGUACUCCUUCGCCUUCUUCCCCAUGGUGCAGAGUAUUUGGGGCAGCAGUUGAGGGUUAGUAUGUGUGUCUUUUAUGCCAGUAAACAGCCGUUUGCAGGUUUUUCGUGCAGAGCUUCUGCGAGAUGUCUGGCUCGUUCAGGUGCUGGCUCCGCCCCCAACACAGUCCAAUUUUUAAUAAAGAAUUUUGAGUAACCUCUCCAGUUAUUUGUUGUUUUUUAAAUCUAAAUAUGCUGCAUGUACUGUGUGACAAAACUUGGUAGAUUGCAGAUUAGAAUAUCUACUGCAGGUUUUUUACAGUUUUUACAAAAGUUUUUAAAAGGACACGUGCAGUGGAAACUCCUGUGCCAUGGCCUUUUAGAGAGGAUUAAAGGUCUGCCAACAGACUAUGGGCCUGGGCACAAGAGCCUCUAAAAGGUUUUCUUGUCACUGUUGGGAGGGUUAUGGGGUACCUGGAUCUUUUCUGUGCUUCCCAGCUGGACUUGAGGACAUCUGGAGAUCGCCUAGACUUAUUUUAAAUAUCGAGCACCUGACUGGAUGAUACUCUGAAGCACUGAACAAGUGUUUCUCGGAUCGGGACAAUGCUGAGAUUUCGUAAAUUUUUCAGUGGGUAUUGCUUGGUCCCACAACUUCCAAAUGUAGUGCUAUUUGGAGGGUAAAUCGGGGAGGAAAAGAGGCAUUGAAGGAUACCUGGGGCUUGAGAGCGCAUCCAACACCAUAGGAUGGGAACCCCUUUUUUGGAGACUGGGACUAAGCCGCUGCACACCUGUAACUUGUCGCCAGAUCGGAAUAGCCGCAACUGGUAAAACAUUAACAUGGUAUAACUGUCACAUUCUACAAUUGUGGCACUUUUUGGACAGCAAGGACGAUCGGUGACAAGCUUUCCAGGAAAAUAAAUUGUGUGGGGAUAUGGUCCUGGAUAAGGGGGUUCUGGCAGAAAUUAUGUAUGAUGUGCCUGUGUAAUGUAGAAAUUCUACAUUAAACUAUGUAAUAAACAUUAGAUCUCACUUUACAGGAAGUGUUUAGGAAGUCACAUGCAGGAAGGUGUGACUAGAGCUGCAUAAACAAAGUGAUUUAAUUCUUAAAUGGCAGAAAAUUUUGCAGUGAGACUGCAGGGGCGUGAUCUAUACUAAACCAAAACUGAUUGAUUAAGCUAAAGUUGUUUUGGUGCGUAUAGUGUCCUACUAAUAAAAUAAUGCUGAUUAGAAAUUAAAACGGAUUUGUCAACCUUCCACUCAAAAAAAAUAUAUAUGAAAAGUUUAUAAAAUUAAAAAUUUCCACACACUCAAAAGAUGUGAUGCAGUAGGGACUACUUUUGUCUUACAGUAAAGCCAACACUUUGACAAAAGGCGGAGCUACCGUUGUCAAAUUUUGUCACUUCCCCCAGCUGUUAUGACUCAUUGUGAGAACUGCAAUCUUGUAGUAUCCUUAAUAGACAUUCGUGUUGUACUCUCAUGCACGAGAGUACAGCACAGACAUGAGCUCCUGGUGAAUGCAUCCCCAAGAGCUAAAGUUUGAAGAUGGCGCCCCCAUGGGGGACACCAUAAAGUAAAUAUACCUUGCCUGCACGGCACCCCACUGGGCCACCACAUGCCAAGUGGCGAUGUCACCAUUGGGGGAUCUUUAAAAAUAUGCAAAUACCUUAGAAGUUGACAGACGCUUUAAUUGUUAUAUAUACAUAUUGAUAAUGGAUUUUUUUUGUUUUAAUAUAUUGAAUAAAGUAUACAUAUAGCAUUGGCAUUAGUAUAGAUGAGACUUUUUAUUCUACAUAUGCUUAAUAGUGGUGCCUUGAGUCAUUAUCAAAACUUAUUGCCGUAGGUUCUGGUGCAUUUCUUGGUUUCCCUCAUUCUUUUUUCCAGGCAGAUUAUAAGUAGAUAAAUGGAGAUGUCAAUAUAUAUUUUUUUAUAUACAGAGAUCUCGAUAAAAAGCCAGAUGUCUAUUUCUGACAGUGACUUAAAAUAGUCUACUUUCCCUUUGAUAUUGCAGAAACCAUUAGCCCAAAAUAGUUUGCAAGUGCUGGCUCAUUACCAGUAGUCUAUCUACACCCUAAAGGUUUAAACUGAUACCAUUAGGCAAGAUUUCUAGUGUUAAGUGCCCUUAAUUCAGCUGUAUCAGUGACUACUUCUAGACCUUUCGUUUUCUUAAUUUUCUUAUAUCUAUAGGUUCAUUAUUUUCAUUUGAUGUUAAGUAACAUCUACUAAAUUUGGCAGAGCAAUGUCACGAGUGCUUCAGUGGUAUGUUUAUAUUGAUUUUACGAGGACAUGCUUGCUAAGGAUCUCUGUGGGAUAGUGCUGCUGUACACAGAAGCUGCUGUUAUAAAGAAGGUGAGUGCUAAGCUAGUCGAAAAUAAUCCUAAACAGUCUUGAAUAUCAACAAAUGGAAAUUAUACACAUUUAAAGGGACAGUAUAGUUAACAGAACAACAGCUUAAUGUAGUUAGUUCUGUUGAGUAUGGUAUGUCCCUGCAGGCAUUUUCAUGUAAACACAAGUGUUUGAAUUACUGCCUAGUAACACCUCCAGUGGCAGUCACUCAUAUGGCUAUAAGAGGUGCUACCUGAGUCAGUGCUGCACAACUGACGUUCAGCAUCUCCAUGCUCUGCAUGCAGUCGUUUAAUUUUUACCAUAGAGACGCUUUGAUUCAGUGCAUCUCUAUGAGAAGAUGCAGAUUGGUGCGACUCAGUGCCGUGUGUGUGCAUUAGCCUCUUAAUGCUUUCCUAUGGGAAAUAAUUUGAUUGACUGAGAUUGUCCGUUCUAAUUCUCAGCCAAAUUGGCAGGGCUAGCGGAGAAGCGCAGCGCUGGAAUAAAGGUGAGGUUUUUUUACUCUGUAUAAGGAGAGCAAAGGGGGUCCAGGAGCCUAAAUAGUGUUUUUUACACUAGGGUCAGGACUACACAUUUGAGUCCCUGACCCUAUAGUGUUCCUUUAAUGGCGGUUCUGCUCUCAUUGGUACGUGAAGCCCAAAACUGCCAUUUGCCUCAUUUCGCAAUCAUACUGGAUCUGGCAUAAAAAGUAGGGUAGCGUUACACGUGCAUUCAGUAAACUCUAUUCAGAGAAUAAGGGAUAUUCUCCUGCGUUGCUUUGCUGCUGCAGGGCUCCUAAGAAUAGAAAUGCUAAGUAUCUUGAAUGAUGGGAGGAAAAUAGAAUCCUAUAAUUAUUUGUGGACACUGUACUUGAAUUCACAUUGAGGUGUCCUGUGCUUCUUUAUGUUAAGAAACCUGAAGUAGUAAUGUUCUUUAAAUUCAAACCAGUGGCAGUGUUAAUGGUCAUGUUGACUGGGUAAAAGAAAAGCUGAAAAAUCCACAAAGUAGCUCCUUGCUUAUCAAGCCAGUCCACAUAGAGCUCAAAAUUGUUCAGAUCUAGUUAUUGUCUAUUCCAGAGGGAUAUCCAUAACUUGACUACUGAAGUAGCUAUUUCCAUUAACAUAGCAUGACAUCUCUACUGCCUCAAGGCAGAGUUAAUGUCAGCUGUCAAUCAUUCAUCAGGUCUCAUUUUACACUUUUUGUGUCCUUACGUACACUGUGCCUAGUGACCAAAAAUAGGACCUUGUUGUACAGUUUUGUGUGUUAUGGGGUAGGUGAGAAUGUAUUUUUUUUUUGUUUCUUGGAUGGUUAGUUUGUGACAAUGCUGUUUGUAGUAAGUGGAACUUUUUCCCACCAUAGGAGUUCUAUAUAAGCUAAAUGUGCCGUGACCAUGUACCACCAUAUUUUGUAGAUACGAUUUGAUUCUUUCUUUUCUUGUUCUGUUAAUAUUGAACAUUGUUCCCUUUCUUAUUUUCAAGGUGACCUGGGAAAUCAGGGUUCCUUUCUGGCAACAGGAAGAUCUAACAUCGCAAAAUCACAUUUUUAUUGGGUCCCACUUUAAAGAAACACUACUGUAUAGUGUUUAUAGCAACAUUUCUAUACUGUGAAUAAUUUCUGACCUUAAGCAAUUAGGGUGACUAUUGAUGAGUUGCUCUUACUUGGUUUUCUUAGUACUGUUUAGGCUGUGUGAUCUUAUCUUUUAACAUGGAUAUAAUUAAAAUAUAUUUAGAAUGUGUAUCCAUAUCCAACUGACUGCCAUUUUUUUUUCUUAAAAUCAAAAACCGUGCUUUUUUAUUUUUUUUUAAAUGAUUAAAACCAGAAUGGAGAAGUAUUUUCUUUUUCCCUUGUUACUUUGAACUCCCCAACUUCAUAAUGUAGUUGUUCUGGUGAGUAUAAUCAUUCCCUGCAGGCAUUUUCAUGUAAACACUGACCUUCAGAGAAAAUGCAGUGUUUCCAUUGCCCCCUAGGGACACCUCCAAGUGGCUGCCACUCAGGUGUCCACUGGAGGUUUUCCCUUGGGCUGUGCAGCACUGCUGUUCAGAAUCUCCACACUCUGACGAGGUGGUGAUUGGACAAGCCGGCGUUUGGCCUUGCUUAUUUCAGCCAAUCCAAUGAUUUCCCUAUGGGAAAGCAUUGGAUUAGCUGAAAUCGUAAAUUCUGAUGUUUGCAAGGAGGCAGAUCGGCGUAGGAUGCUGUAAAUGAAGUUAAGGGGGCAAACCACCUAAAUGGUUAGGAAUAUGUUUCUGUUCUUGAUCCUGUAGUGUUCCUUUAAACUUUGUGACAAGUCUUUAUCUUACCUAUUUCAUUGUAUCAUACUUAUUACAGCUAAUGAUUCAUAUAUAAGUAAACACAAUGAUGUUAAGGAAUUUGUAUGGUUGUUCAUAUCAGUUGAUCAUUCAUUUGGUUUUAUGAAGGCUUGCACAUUACUUCUAAUAACUCCCGUAAAUACUUCUUGCUAGAUCAAAGUAAAGAUUAGAGUACAUUGCAGGACUUAAUAAGGCUAAAAUUUAAGAAUGGGUUUCCUUAGUAUAAAAUUAAGGCAUGGAACGCCAUCCUAAUGUCAUGUACAGUGCUAAGGAAAUUGCUGGCGCUAUAUAAAUAAUUAUAAUAAUGCAUAUAAAAGAAAAUGAUUUAAAGGCUAAAUAGCCCCUGCUUUAAAUGGUACUUGUGGGGUUUUAUGACAGAAUUAUUCCAUCUUUGUAGUCUAGGCUCUGGACAGAAUAAUAGUGUCAUGCAAAUUUUCCCCUGUUCCCCCGCUGUUACUAGGGAAACCCUGAUAUGGGAUGUUUCCCUCUUGUCAGCAGGGGCCAAAAAUAAAUAAAUAAGGGCUGCAUCACAAACCUUUUAUUAGCAUGGCUAAGCUUUCAUGUUUAGCCACAGUCUGACAUCUGCAGUAAAAAGAAAUUGUGACCUCCUAAGAAGCCCCAUAAGUGACACAGGCCAAGCAUCAGCUUUCUAAGUAAAAAAAUAAAUGGGAAGGUCGCUAAUUUGGAUCGAAGACUUCAGAGAAACCUUUCAAAAGUGUAGUUGGAUGGGUACAUUUAAAUGUUUGUUUUUUAAUCAUGGCGCAUGGUAAUGCUCCGAGCCAUCGAAGGUAGGGAGGGCGUAGACUUUGAUUGCGGAUUAGACAAGGCAUGCCGUGUGCGCUGACUACAUUUAUUUUAUGCUCAGUUGCCCCCAAAACACAAGUGCAAAUUACUCUGCAUGUGCAGUGUUUCAAGCCGAAUUACUGCACACCCAGAUUCCGACUAUGACCACUUAAAAAAGCAGAAGUGGUAAUGGUGUUUGGAGUAAUCCUUUAAAUAUCAGUUUCUACAUGUUUCAGUUGGAAUCAAUAGAAAUUACUUUCUUGAGGCAGACGUACUUAUGAAUUUUUUUUAAACCUGCAGGGGUGUUGAGAAACACUGCUUUACACUCACUCAGAGCAAAACAUAGGGUUGCUAGAUUCACCAUAUUUUGUUAGAUCUUGCAUCACCUCCCCUUGUUCAGCAUCUGUGCAUGAAAAGUGCUGCCGACCAGUGUGCACAUUCUAUUGAAGCAAAGUCAAUUGGGUAAUAAAAAGCUGUCUUCCAGCUCAGACUUCCCCAAAAUCCAGCCUUCCAGAUGUUGAGAAACUACAACUCACAUGAUUCUAUGAAUGAAAUAGGCUGAGAAUCAUGGGAGUUGUAAUUCAGCAACAUCUGGAGGGCCGGAAUUUGGGGAAACCUGUAUCUAGCUGAUCCUUUGGGCUGUAUUCUUAGUACAUUUUUGUAGCUAUGAUCCCAGAUUAGGUGUUUAAAAUAUAUAAAAUAGGCAAACUGAAGAUUGGAGUGAAUGUCAGAAUAACAGUUUUUUCAUCAUAUGGUUUAUUGCGAAAUAAAAUCACAACAAAAAAUAAAACUGAACCGGCACAGGUUUGUAUUCCUAACACUAUACUGUUCCUAUUAAUACAUGGGUCCGAAGUCGAAGUAAAGGCAAUGUUUGGUGUUACAUGUUUCAACAGUGUGUGUAUUGUGCUAGUAAAUAGUUUACUUAGUUCACUAAGGCAUGUGCUGAAAAAGCUAAAGUAAAGCAUUUAAGCUCUAGAUGAAAUCCAAAAAGUACAUGUAUUUUAGGAUUAGCUGCAUAUUCUGUCUAUUGCCAUGAGAACAUCUCCUCUGUUAGCUCAAAGCUGAUCAAACAAAUCUAUCAUGUUGGAUUGUUUAGUGAAAUGAUGAAAAGGGUGAUGGCACACAGCAUGCAUGGAUGAUGCCAACCAUUCACAGGUGGAACAUUCUUUCUCUGGUUAUAGUUCCAGGAGUGUGCUUGUGCAUUUAGGGAGCAGAGCCUGCCAGACACCAGGUAAAAAGUUACACUGCUUACAUUGGGGUGUCGACCAGGCACCUCCACUUCUUGCAAAAUCUCAAUUUAAAAAGCAUUUCCCCCCUCCUUUCGUAUAGUGUCAGUAUCUUACAACUGGGCACGUGGCGAUUUUUUUUUAUUUUUUAUAAUUUUUUAUUUGUGAAUGAGCGUUCAGGUGGAAAGACAGAUAUCAAAUAUAUUUUGUUGUACAAUAAGGGUUAACAUACUAUAGCAAAACAAAACUUUUCACAGUAAUACAAUAUCUUUGUGACCAAGGUUGUUGUGUGCUGCAUGCAGGCAAUGUGUAUUGCAGCCCCUUAUAGUUAGUUCGUCCCUUCCCACCAGAACCCAGUUUCACAUUAUCUGUUAUUUUACCUUUUAGAAACCGUUCUAAUAUGCUAGUUAGGCCUCAAGAAGUCUGUGGUCCCAAGAGAGAUUUCGUGUGGUGUUGACAUCUGUUAUGGCUGUGCACUGAGUUGCUAUCGUGCGUUAAGUCCCUCCAUGCUGCUGUCCGGUAGGCAUGGGCAUGUGGGCAUUUUUGCACCACUGCAUUGCUGAGUGGCAAACCUGUGGGUUAUAGAAUAUUGUAAUCUAAGUAAGUAUAUGGUGCUUCCCAGAAUUAUCCAAGGUUUGCUGGGAAAUGUAAAUUUAAGCACGCAUCUAUUGAACAGACUUCUAAAGAAGUAAUGAUAUGCUUUAAAAUUAAGACUAUGGCACACUAUUAUUUGUGGUUAUAGCUGAAGUUUAUAAAGUCAUGACUCAUUACAAGUUUGGAAUUAUCUGUUAUGUUCGAGCAGGGACAUUGCUUUAUUAAGUGUGUAUCCUGCUGGAAUAAAUAUUUUAUCUCUGAUUAUUAGCCACUUACAGGGACCUGGAUUUAGUCUGUAACUGUGCCAAGUACAGCGUGUUUUAGUAGCAGGACGGAGAAAAGAAAAUGGGUAUAUAAAACAUUCCAUAUAUUGACGCAUCAUUUGUUAGAGGGUUAAAGUACAUGUCAAUCGUCUUCUGCUAAUUCAUAGUAUCUAGUGCGUCUCAGCAUUGCAGUGUUCAAUCUUCUGUCUAUCCAAGGUAUUCUGCUGAAUUGGGAGGCCAGAUAAGACUGUCAAAUGCAUCUUGUUUAAGUUUUGGAAGAUCCAAACCUCCAAAACCAUGGGUACUGUACAAUUCAGACCCAAAAUUCAGACUAUGAUUCUAUGUUUAAAAUCUGACCCAAACUCCCUUUACUGAUGUCUUGUGGACAAGUAUUAUAUCCUCCAGGGAACAGAGGGAAAAACAAUUCUUUCAAUUUCUUUCCAUUUUUGAUGAAAAGGAAGAGGAAGAUCCCAGCCUAUCACAUGACAUAUCACUGGAAAGCUCAGUAUGUCAUCUUUACAAUACAGCAGGGAUUUAUAGAGUAGCUCAAAAGAACAAAAGGAGAUGCAUGUGAAUUCAAUGUCCAGUACAGAGGACACACGUUAAUGGACUGGGACUCAGGAGGGGAUAUAUAUAUAUUUAUUGUUUUUUUUGUUUUGUUUUUGUUUUUUUUCAUUUCCACCAAAUUCUUAGUGUAUUAUUGCAUUUAUAGUACAACAUAUUGCGGCUCCGUCUGUAAUAUUCACUAAUCCCAGUUGGUUGGCAAAGGAUGUGCACACACUUUGACAACUGUUCAGUAGCUGAAUGCAGAAGGCAUGUGACAUGCAAACCAUAUGUGACCCUGUAAAACUGGCUCAGUGUGUUCCUCUUUGGCAUAUGGGCUACAGUUAUAGUUUUUGAAAUAAUGGGAAACUUAUUUUGUUGUUGAUGGCUCAUAUGAAUGACUACGAGUAAUUUGAAAUGUGUAUAUGUUGUCUACAUAGGUUUCUUUAACCAUAUUAUCACACUGUAAGUUGUGUGAUUCUCACUGGGGUUAAGUGACUUCUUGUUCAGCAUGCUUUACGGUUUUUAAAACACAAAGGAUGCAUGUUUUUUUCCUUUUUCAUAUAGAACACCGGGGCAUCAAAGCCCUUUACUUCGGGGUACUGACACUGAAUCCACUGGAUGAGCAAAAUACAUUUUUUGACCCCCACAUAGAAAUGCGUGUGAAUAUAAGAUGACUUAAAUGAUCAAUAUCCAUCUUUGAGGAACGGUCUAUUUGUUGGGGGCAGCUAGCCUAUGUUGUGUUUUUACCCGACUAAACAUACUUGAGGUUUUUACUGGGUUGAGGAGUGUAGUGGGUGUAAGUACUUUAUAAAAGCACUUGCCUCUGCUGUGCUUCUGGACUACUGCCUCUUUUUGUACAUAUGGUAUCAUGGCAAUUUGAAAGCUAUUCCACUCCUCAUGAAAUGGAAUUGGUGCCUUAGCUGAUGGCAGCUGCACUUUUUUCAGAUGUUACUAUGGCCCAGCCUUUUUCAUAGUAAGCUGUGAAGAAUCUUGUGGUCACCUCCAGAGGGGCACCUAUUGUGGAUGAGUGGGGUGGUCAACCCAACCGGAAUCUGGACUGGAUUCCAAAUCUACUCAGAAAAAAAUGGGAAUUGGGGACACACCUGGAACACGUAUUUCUAAGUAGUGGCGCGCCUUAAAGACCAAAAUAUAUACAAAAUACAGAUUAAGGAACAGCGUACAACACAAGGUUACCCAAAAUCACCUGCCAUGGCAAAAAAAUAUAGAUAUUCAGUUAAUCAUAUGGCUAUAUUGUGUCAAGUCCACCACUAAAUUGAGGACAGUCUCUGGAAGCAGUUUAAGCAAUAAGUAUUGCAGUUAACAUGUUAAUCUCCCAUGUAAAAAUCAGUUUGGGACUCACGGAUAUUGGGGUCUGGUGACGUUGCGGUGGACUUAAAGCACCACUCUAGGCACCCAGACCACUUCAGCUUAAUGAAGUGGUCUGGGUACCUGGUCCAGCUAGGGUUAACCCAUUUUUUUUAUAAACAUAGCAGUUUCAGAGAAACUGCUAUGUUUAUGAAUGGGUUAAGCCUUCCCCCUAAUCCUCUAGUGGCUGUCCAAUUGACAGCCACUAGAGGCGCUUGCGUGCUCUUCACUGUAAAAAUCACAGUGAGAGCACGCAAGCGUCCAUAGGAAAGCAUUGUAAAUGCUUUCUUAUGCGACCGGCUGAAUGUGCGCGCAGCUCUUGCCCCGCGUGCGCAUUCAGCCCAGGAGGAGGAACGGAGGAGGAGAGCUCCCCGCCCAGCGCUGGAAAAAGGUACAUUUUUACCCCUUUCCCCUUUCCAGAGCCGGGCGGGAGGGGGACCCUGAGGGUGGGGGCACGAGUAUGUUUUCCUGGCACUAUAGUGGUCCUUUAACACAAUAUGGCCAUAUGGUGUAACUGAAUCCCCAUACUUGUUUGCUAAGAUAGGUGAUUUGUUAAAGUUUUUCCCCAAUAUGAAUGGUUGAAAGGAAGAACACAGGGCUCCUUAAAAAAAAAAAAAUUUAUAUAUAUAUAUAUAUAGAUAUUAUUGCAGCUUGCAAUAAGGUAUUUUUAUUUUUAACAUUUAUGGUAAAAUUGUUUUCCAAUAUAAGUUAAAUGUUUGGCUAGCUUCUUAAUGCUACAAAUAUUUAACUCUCAGGACAAAAAAAAAAUGGUUGAAAGUGCAUAGAUAAUUAAUCUUGGAAAAACAGCUUUAUGUGUUUUGGGUUUUCCUCUUUCUCUUCUAAGAGUGAUAAGAGUUGCAACUAAAUGGCUGUUGCAGUGCUGGCUGUUAUCCCAGUCUUGCCAUGAAAGGCACAGUCAUCCUUUUUAUUUAUGUCUCUGUGAAUCCCACUUUUUUUUUUUUUUUUUUUAAUUUGCCUUGUUAUUGUUUUUGGGAGAUUUGCCAUAUGUUCCAGUUUUUUUUUGUUUUUUUUUCGUUUUGUCAUAACUGAAUUGAUGAUGUGUGGUUUGCAUAUGGAGCUUUGAUAAGUGCUGAGACGGCUAAAAAACAAGACAGACAAACCUAGCGUACAUGAAUAAGCUCUAUUACAUGGGUGGCUUGCAAGCUUUGGGGAUUAUAUCACUAGUUGGCCAGUCCUUGCAUUAGACACAUGCAUGUAACCAACAUAUGAUUAAUGUGGUCGCAUUUAAGGAACCAUUACAUUUUCAGUUACACAUUUUAUUAGUAAUCACUGUGGAUGAUUGAAUUUAGCCUAUAGUUCACAUCUCACUUUUUAUAUUGUCUAGCUGCUAAAAGAACAUUUUUACAAAGUUUGAAGUCGUUGGAGUCCAGCAUAGGUAUACACAAGUUGUGUGCUCAGGUUCACACUAAUGCUGGACCACCACCUUAAAGGUUCCCUGUGUAGAUCCCUGAUUUAACUUUUGUGUCAAUCUUGAUUGCUCGUUAUCCGUUUAAAGGGACACUAUAGUCAGCCAGUCCACUUCUCAUUUAAGUGGUUUGGGUGCAGUACCCCAGUCCCGCAACGUAAAUCAUUGCAGUUUUAGAUGUUCUCUUUGUACUGUAAAUAGAAUUUGGGAAGAAAAGGCAAUCCUUUCUAUUUUUUUGCGUUUUUUCUUAAUGAGUUUGUGCAUUUGUAUGUGACAUGUAUUUAAAGGACCACUAAAAUUACCCAGACUACUUCAUCUCAAUGAAGAGCUCUGGGUGCAGUUGACCUGUCAUGUAAAUACUGGAAUUUAAAAAUUGCAGUAUUGUAGAAACGGUUUCCAUUGAAGGGUUAAAUACACAUCUUAUUGCUGUCUUUCUGACAGCCACAUGAGAUGCUUCCGCCUCUAGAACAGAGUUAAACUCCAUCCUUGAGUCAAAUUCUGCUUAGCAGCGCAUGCUUAGUACCAGUCCAUUGAAGGAGAUCAUGGGUGAAAUGAGCUUGGAUGAAGACAUCACCAGAGGUGGAGCUGCAGUAGAGGAAUCUCGGGGCUGUAAACAAGGUAAGUAAUCAUUUUUUUGCACUUUAUUUUUUAUUUUAUUUUUUAUGCCAAACUGAGGUGGACAGAAGGGAACCUUUUUAGUUCCAAAAUUUUCGGGACUAUAGGUUUUCUUUAAUGGCUUUGGAAACCUAAAUUAUUUAAAUGUUCAUGGGGAUUUGGUAUAGUGCGUAGGUAACUAUUUCUCUUCUAUGUAUUGGGCUGCUGAACACUAAAGCCGUUGCUGCUGCGAAGAUUAGUAGGAGUUUUAUCGCAGGGUAUUUUGUGUGUUUGUAUGCGUUUGUCAGACAUUCCUAAAUCAUAACAUGAUCUGCCAACUCUUAAAGACCUACAUCUGUUGAAUUCUAUAGCAACGUUUAAGCAAUAACAUAAUUUUUAUGAGUUUUGUGCUAAACAGUUUAUACAAGGUUCUCUUCCUCCCUUAUAAUGGAGAAAUCCAUGAUGAACUUGAACUGUUUUGUAAUGUAUUGUGGUUUAAGUGAACGCUGAGCUGCAAAUCCUAGUGCUACUCUGUGGUUUGAAAGUGUUUGUUCCGUUGUGCACUGCAAGGGUUAAAGUCCUAAUAGUUGUGCUGUUUCAACACUGAUCUGUUGUGUAAAAGGACAACAGUAAAGUGUCUGUCAGCAUAAAUAGCCUGUCAUUGUAUCACAUUUUAAAAACUGCCUAAUCUGUUCAGUUUUUAUAUAAAAAGAGAAAUUGCACUUUGAGGACAGAAUGUUAUAAAAGAGCCGGUUUUGUUUCACUCACAAUGGAAUUCUGAGUGAUACUCUGCAAAUCACAGGUUCUGAUUGACUCGCCUGCAUCACAUAACACACACAUCCUCUCACUUUUUAUCCAUCCAUCCAUGGAUUAGUGCAUGCUGUCACCUGGUCUGAUGAUUGCAUUAUCAGUGUCAAAGGAAACUCUCAUUAAAUUAUUGAGAGACAUAUAUUGAUUGUGUUUUUUGUGUUUUUUUUGUAAAUCGUUAAAUGGCUACUAGUGGAGGUAUUAAAAACUUUCGCAUUUGAACAAUUUAAAAAGGCUUGGGAUAGAGUUUGUGAUAUUCUGAGCUGUGAAGAAUGCUUUGGGAAAAUGGAUGGGCAAGCAACAAACAAUUACUGGGCUUCAUGUGUGUUCAAUGUUUCUUUAUCUUGAUAGCUGAAAAACACUUAGCAGAGGAUUAUGGGAACUGUAGUCCACAGCUGCAGUACCAUAAAGCAAGCGGGCACUGGUGCACCUAUAGCAUGUAGUGACUUAAUUUCAGUGAAUACCAGUUUUAGAAAAAGGGUCCAGGCACUCCAAUUUUUCAAAUACUGGUAUUUAUCUUCUGGGCUUGUCCUGGCCCUUUGUUCAGUCAAGCACCCUAUCUUAAGUGAAUUGACUGCGGUUCCUUUUUCCAUUUUCUGAUUUCGGUGAAGCCAUUACUAUUGUUCAAACAGUGUCCAAUAGAAGCAAUAGUUGAGUAGAUAAAUGAUAAAGAACCAUUAAAUGUUAGCCCAAAAUGUGAGUUCUUAUGGGUAUCAGAAACAAAGAUACACCUUGAAAUGAGUUUAUCUAAGGGAUAGAUAAACUGGCAUCGGCUCACUCUUCAUUACACUGAUGGACGAUAUUGAGAUUUGUUGCUUGCGUUGUGUAUUGUCAUAGAUCUCUUUACGGAUAGAUGGUGAGAUAUGAAUACCUUAAAUUUAAAAGACAGUAUGCCUCACUUCAAAAUAGAUACGGACAGUGUGACCUGCAAACCUAAUUUUUACAUCCUAAACAGGAAUAGGAAAAUAAACAAUUUCAGGUGGUACAGAAAUAAAAUAGAAUGCACCUGCCUGAUUCCCCCUCCUCCCGGCCCUGCACUGGAGUCUCCAUGAGAUACUGGCCAGUUUUCUGAAGGUGGCUGUGCACAGCAGCAACAACUCUGGCUCCAGUACAGAACCACCGAGGAAGGUGGGAUGACAAUCGUGUGUCUGUCUACUUCCGGUCCUAUAUAUAUUUAAACGGCAUGUAAAGUGUUGCCCUGUGACAUCUGAGACAAAAGUUGCAGGCUUAUAAUGUGUACCUGCAGCAUGUUUAGCAAAUUACUGCAGUUAAUGCAAAUUUGCCUUGGAGACAGGGCACCUCCUUGCACCAUUUUGGAUCAACUAAUUUUUAGGUUUACUAUGAAGCUCAUCUUGCCUGUUGAGAAACAGAGCCUGGAGUGUUCCACUAAAUCUCUAACGUCUAACCUUUUAUUAGCAACACACCAUAUUUUUCGUUUCUGUCAGUUGGAAUUGUGUUGGACAGUAUGUUUAUUACUUAAUUAUGGUCAUUAUAACAGCUUCCACAGUUUGCUAAAGUAGUCAUUAGACACUUAAUUAUCUUCUGUAAUAACUAUUCCCCUUUGGGUGUAGUGUUUUUGGGUAUAUGUAAUGGGAGUGGAACUUGUUGUUUUGUUGUGCUGCUUUUAGCUAAUGUAACAUUAUAAUGAAACGUUUAUCAAAUACUUUUAUUAUGGACUUCACUACAUUUAACAGGUUUUCCCAGACUGGACAUGUUUUUGCUAAUCAUUACCUCUCUUUAAAAUAUAAACUCCAGUGACUUAUUUUAUAUUUAUACCCUUCAUUCCCACCAAUAAAAAAAAAAAAUGUGACAUUGUCACUAAGCAGAUGCUUGGCCAGUUUUGUAUGUUACUCUACUUCAGGCUUCCUCAAACUCCGGCCCUCCAGAUGUUGCUGAACUACAACUCCCAUGAUUCUAUGAAUGAAGUAGGCUGAGAAUCAUGGGAGUUGUAGUUCAGCAACAUCUGGAGGGCCGGAGUUUGAGGAAGCCUGCUCUACUUGCUUGUUUUAGUGUAGUAGUGCUUUUUAUAUAAUGGGUGCAAAUGUUCGAGAGUUAAUACUGAAAAAUUGUAUAUUAGACAGGCGUUUGCAGUUUAGCUAUUUGAGAAUUUCACAGCUAUGGCCCAUUAGUUGUGAAGUGUUCCCUUUUUCUUAUUGUAUUUCGUUUUUCUUUAUAUGUGGCUAAAAAUGGCUCUAGUACCACAUCAGAAAAGUAAGCAGCUGCAGUAAUAUGCGAGGAAGUUUGUUCCAGUCUACACAUUGUAGCCAAUGACAUCAGAGUCACAUGACUGGCACGGAUCAGAAUCUCUGGCAUAAGGAGGGGGAGAUCUGCUGCUGUAGCUGCUGGGAGUGUUUUCGUGACAUGCUAUUGACUCCACAGGUAUUGAGUGGAUCUUUUUAUUAGUAAAGUAUUAUACCUACUGUGAUGGCAUUUCAAAAUACUUGCUGCACAGAAAGCUGUAACACAUGAAUAGAUUUCAUUGUUAACUGGCACGCCGCCUGCAGUGAUUUCUAGUUGUUAACUCAUGCCUGAUCACUGGUUUUCCAUGCACCAUUGAUUGUCUCUGCUUAGAAAGAGAUCUAGGACUCGAGUAGGCAACCUUCAGCACUCCAGAUCUUGUGGACUGCAUCUUCCUUGAUGCUUUGCCAGCAUUCUGACUUUGAAAGCAUUCUGGGAAAUGUAGUCUUUAACAUCUGGCGUGCCAAAGGUUGCCAAUACCUCUAGGUGUUAUGUUUUUGCACAUUUUGUACACAAAACCUCUGCUGCUUAAACUUGCCUAUUAUUCGGUUUUGAAUUUUUAUUUUAUUCUAAUCUCAUUAAAAUAUUUCUGGUUUGUCAAAUUAUUAAACCCUUUGAAAAAACAAUGUUUCAACAUGCAUAUCCUUUGAUAAACAACAUGUACCUUUGCUCUAUUGUGCAAGUUCAUCUACACAGAAAGCUCUAAUUGCACUGUGAUCAUGAUUCAGUUCAUUUUUUUUUUUUUUUCAAAAUAUGAAAGUUUUUCUGUGCACCCCCUCCAGCUGGUCCUUGGUCAUGCCUUGUUGCCUUGACCAACCAUGGGUUUGUUGAAAAGUGUUUCUGCUAUUAUGUGUUAAUUAUUGCCUUCAUGGAGAUAUUUCAAUGUGGCAAGUUAUUAACAUGUAUAUAGUUUUUUUUUAUUUUUUGUUGUUUUUUUUUUGGGGGGGGGAGGGGUGCUGUGGGGGAUGAUCAAAGGUUUCCAAGAACUAAUGGAGGAUACAUUCCAGAAAAAAGCAAGGUUGACUAUCUACACCUUCAUCAAAUCACACAUUUUCAGGAAUUGACCUUAAAAUCCUAGGCCACAAUAUCUAUUAAUAAAAUAGCUAAGUUAGAGAUUGCUUUCCAAUAUGGGCUAAAAGCAUAGGACCGGUGGUAAAAUUCUGAUAGCCUUUGGUUAAGUGAAUAACUUGGUUAAUGUAUAAUUGUCAUUAAUUUAAGGCAAAAUUAAGAAGAUAUGUUAUGGCCGAGAAAAGAUCUUAUCGUAACUGAUCAGUUAUACCCAUCCUCUUUAGUCAGAAGUAAGGAUUAAACAUGGUCUGCUUCACAUUGCUUAAUCUUAAUACAAUGCAGAAACAUCCUGCAUAACAAAUAUUUUGUAUAUGUUAGUGGAUUAUUCUCCAAGUCUAACCAGAUGGUACUUAACAGCCCUGCAGAUCCUAAUUCUGGCAGUUAAUUAUUCUUCUCCAAAAUGUUGCUUUAUAUAAUAAAAUGUACUCUUUUUACAAUAAUUGGGGCUAUGGGAAUAACAUUUACCUGGGUUUUCAAUCUGUCUUAUUGAUUACAUAUUGUUAGAGAAACAGUCUUUGAUACAUUAAAUGUACAGGUUUGUGUUCAGCCACCGGGCUGUACAGUGUAGCCAGGAAACCGAUAAAUUAAAACAAAUUCAGGACCGCAAGGCCCAGGCAAAAGUAUACAUACUAUAAUACACAACAGGUUAAAGUACCACUAUAGGCACCCAGACCACUUAAGCUCAAUGAAGUGGUCUGGGUGCCAGCUCCAUCUAGGAUUAACCCUGCCUGCUGUAAACAUAGCAGUUUCAGAGAAACUAUGUUUAUGUAUGGGUUAAUCCAGCCUCUAGUGGCUGUCUCAUUGACAGCACUAGAGGUGCUUCCGCACUUCUCACUGUGAUUUUCACAGUGAGAAGACGCCAGCGAAAGCAUUGAGAAAUGCUUUCCUAUGGACUGACUGAAUGCGUGCGCAGCUCUUGCAGCGCAUGCACAUUCAGCCGAUGCCGACCGAAGGAGGAGGAGAGUCCCCAGCGCCAAGGGAGCCCGGCGCUGGAGAAAGGUGAGUGUUUAACCCCCUUCAGCCCAGAGGAAGGGGGACCAUGAGGGUGGGGGCACUCUCAGGGCACUAUAGUGCCAGGAAAAUGAGUUUGUUUUCCUGGCACUAUAGUGGUCCUUUAAGAGCCUUGUUCCUGUGUAGUAUGGACCAGAACUUGACAAAGUUAUUUGUGAUAUUAAAGCCAACAUAAAAGUUUAUCAGCCUGGGAACUGUUGUGGUCUAGAAAUGGCUCCUGCAUUAUGUGUCACAAGGUACCGAAACAUCAGCUGUCACUCACGUAGAACACCCUUAUAAUUUACUGGUCUAUAAAACUGUACAUAUAAGUAUAGUAUAUUUUAUACCAGUGUUUCUUAACCUUUUUGACAUGGGCCUAAAUAAUACAUAUGGCACAGCCUUGGUUAUAGACUCUUCAAUUUUCUUUUUUUUUUUUAUAUAUUCUUUAUUUUUUUCCAAUACAGGACAUCUUAUAGAUAUUAUACGUUACAUACAGAACCAUUGGCAGACAUCCACAGAAAACAUACAAAAUGUGUCGAUCUUUGAACCUCAAAUUACAAACAAUAUCCACUAGACCGCAUAUCUGUGAACUCCCACAAACUUCAUGAACAAGUCUAGCGGGUGCAUACAUAGUUGCCAGUUCGCGAUCGCUUCUCCAUCUUUAUGUACACUCUAAGUCGUCCCGCUUGGUGUUUUUAUUGUUAAGGUAUAAUAAAAAGAACAUGAGAACAUAUAUAUAACUAUCGUGCUCCAAGAGCCUCCAGACUCUUCAAUUUUCAAUUGAUAUAUAAUAUUAAAAAAAAACCUUAAAAUUCCUUAGACUAUUAAUGUGUGUUUGUAGUUGCUUGCUGCUAGAUGAAUGUGGUGUAUUUGUUCCAACCUUGGAAGACCACCUUAAGUAGCAUGGAACCUAAUUUUGGGGCCCGACCCAGUCAUUAAGAAAUAUUGUUUUAUACCAUUGGGUUACGUUCAUGUCCUUUGGAUCUACAGCAGUUUUUUUUUUUUUUUUUAUACCACCUACUGAACAAAGUUGAAUCAAUUAGUAGUUUAAUUCCUAACUGAGAAUAUUCAAAAAAAAAAAAAAGGCAGUUGCGUGCAUGGUAUCCUUCAGUCCACAAAGCUGUGACAAGUUUUUACACCUCAUUAGUCUGUUUGAUGGGGGUACUAUAACCACUACAGCAUGUUGUAGUUCUGAUCCCAAGAGAGCCAUUGCGUUUUCCCACAGUAAGUAGUCAAACUGUCUUCUGGGUGCCUCUGGUCUCACCAUUUCUCAUAUCAUUAAUGUGGAAAUCCCUAUUUUCACAUUAGUGAUAAUUCCUCCUAUCCUCAUAUGGAACGCCAUUAUCUCCAGACACUCCUAACCAAUUAAUUUUGUUCAAACAGGGCAAAAUUGCUAUAUCUAUUGCAAAAGGGGGAGCUUCUUAGAUAUGAAUCAUAAAUUGAGGCUGGAAUAAAGGCACUGGUUGACCUUAGGAUGGUUUUACUACUUAUUGUAGAACAAGCUGGGUCUCUCCUGGCAUCAAACCAAUAAACUGCCCCUUCAAAUCCCAGGCAUUCUAAGGCUACAUCAUGUAACUGCACACCACUAUAUUGGUCACACAGACCAUUAUCUCCAAGUGCCAUCAAGACCACGGAUAAACCUACCUUUUGGAGUACACCUAGGGUGAUUUGAUUUUUGAGUGGAUACAUAUUGUAGACAAAUUCUCUUUGCUAAUAUUAUACAUCAUUUAUCCUCUCUGUUAUGAGCUUACUUAGGUAGUAUUAUCCCAGAUUGGUGAUCCGCUUAUAGUCGGGGGCAACGGUGUACCCUCUAGAUUCUGCUAAAAGUCAUCUGUCCUCAACGUGAGCUGGCUUCUGAGAAGUUGCCUGUUGUAGGCAUUUUAUUACAUUCGUUAGAAAGUAAGCAUUUGCAUAGCUCUAGAGGAGUUUGGAUUAAUAAUAGCCCUUUGUGAAACAGUGAUCUGUUCAAGAAUUGUGCCAUUGUUAACCAAUAUUCAAACUUCUAGCUUUGAACAUUGAUUCAUUAAAGUGACGGGGGAAAAAAAAACCAAAAGCAUUUGGAUGGUGCAGUUUAAGAGAAAUAGCAGCUUACCUAUUUUGAAUUUUAAGCUUUUUUUUGUUUGUUUUUUGGCACUGGUAGGUUUACACUUCUUUACUUGAUGCCUGACAUAAGGACUGUCUACAUUUGCAUGGUUACAUUGAUAUAUUUCAAGAUUAAUUCAGUCCCAUAAAGCACUUCCAACUGAAUCAUUUUUUGGGGGACAGGGGGCUGAUUUUAAGCAAAAUUUUGUUUAAUUGAAGGGUUCUUUAGGCCAUCACUGCAUAAUACAAAUGUAGUUCAAAACAACGCGUGGUGUCAUGUGAACCUUCACUGCAAUAUACAGUGACUGUGAAUUCUCAAAUUAGAACUUUCUAUCUACUGCUGCAAUGGACCCUAUCGUCCUGAGAGGGAAAUAAAAUGUGUUAAAAGCCAAGAUUGUUCUUGAUUAUAAUUUGACCUUUUGCCCAUGUCUGCAGUAUGUACCAACCCCUGGUUUGUAUCAGAUUUUUUUUUUUUUAUUUAUUUAUUUUUUUUUAAACCUCUCUGCCGCUUAAUUACAAUCUCAUUAAUUCUUUACUUCCUAACUUUCUAUUUUCCAUAUCCCUUUUCUUUUGUUAAUUGGUUUCCAACAAAGAGUGAGAGAGAAAUAUGUCUGAAUUACAGCAAUUAGUUGCUAUAAGACAAACGCACAAAUAUGUUAGGGUGGUAUAUUCUAGAUCAGGAGUUCUCAACGUUAGUCCUCAGGACCCCCUACCAGUCCAGGGAUUACCUGGGUGUGUCUCAGGUGUUUAGAAAAAGAAAAAAAAAAACACCUUAGAGUCUAAGGUGUGUUUUUUUUUUUUUUUUUCCCUUUUUCUAAACACCUGAGACACACCCAGGUAAUCCCCAAAUCCUGGACUGGUAGGGGGUCCUGAGGACUGGGUUGAGAACCCCUGUUCUAGAUUAUUGUUUUGCUUGCUCAUGUGCGGUGUAAAAAGUGGUUUGACACCUAUCUUACUUCUACAUGGGUGGAUCUGAUCUGGCCUGGGAAGGACCCAAACUGGGAGCAAGUGUUAGUGACUGCUGAUAUUGGUUCCUCUUAUUUUGUAGAGAUGCAUGGAAGCAAUGAAACUAUUAUUCCAACAAUUUGUACUGCUGAGUGCAUAACUCUCUAAGUUGGUGUUGGUAAAUAUGUAGCACUGUUUGCUUGCCAGCGUGAUGUCCUGAUAAUGAUUAUCCAACCUACUUUAUUUGUCUGAAGAUUACAUGUAAUCUCCAUACAGAUGAUAUGAGACUGUUGAAACACUACAUAUAAAGGCAGACUAGAAACCCUCUUUCCAAUAUUUAAUGGGGAUCGUCAAGUCCCGUAAUAGUAUGCUCUGUAUUUUGAUGUUUGGGUCCUAGGUUGCCAGAUAUGCUUCCCAUUAUUGGGGACCUGCAUUUCCCGCUAUGCUCUGCUUUGAUAUGCUUUGCAAAAUGAAAGAUCCAAUAAAACUCAGAUUUAACAAAAAUAAAUCUGGAUGAAAAAAAAUUGUUUUUGCAUUACUACAGUUAAAAAAACAACAAAAAAACCAACAACUUUUAACUGUAAUAAUGUAAACCGUUAUUUAUGCUAUUUCUUGUCUGUGUAAUGGAUUUCAUGUUGGCCAUACCACGAGACACCUACAUGUUAACAUUGAGAAACACAUCAGGAACAUUAUAAACAAUGGUCAAAAUCAGGGUUUCUGUACAUUUCCAUCAGUUCUAUCAAAGUGAUCCCACACGUACGGCCUUUAUGGGCAUAGCAAAAUUGUUUGAAAACUGGAGGGGAUGGUUUUUUAAAUUUGACUAUUGAACACCUUGAGGUUUAAAUGUGGACUUUGAAAAGUGCAAUUUUUUAUGAAUAUCUUUUCUGCUCAUUACAAAUACCAACACUAUACUGGAUAUAAUGUUAUUGUUUCUUCAAUGUUACCUUUUGUUUAGACAGCCAUGUGUAGAAAUACUAGAGAAGAUGAGACCGAAGGUUUUUUUUUUUUUAUUGUUUUAUUCUCUGUACAUAUACAAGUUAUGCCAUAAUGCUUACAAUUACAACUUUAACUCAGGGUAAAUGCUUAUUACCUUUAGUGAUAGUUCCACCAUAUGUACUUAUAUAGGAGUUUUUAUUUUUUGUUUUGCACAGAUAAUGUUGUGCUAUAUGCUGAUAUAAACACCUUUAUUUUUAUUUUAUAUUUUUUCCUCUCCCUUCUGUGUUUGCUUAACAAUAUUUGUGAUUUUUUUUUUUGCCAUAUAUAUUUCUUUUAGUCAAAUUAUCAUGUUAUACAGAAUUGUCAAUGAUUAUUUUGUUAUGUGUAUGUUGGUCUACACGUGAAAAGCAUUGUGAUGUUAAUACUAUCUUUUGUAUUUUUCUAUUGUAUAAAAUUGUUGCCAUAAUAUAGUACCAAUAAAUUCUUAGAGACGCUAUAGUCACCAGAUAAACUAAAGCUUAAUGUACUUGUUCUGGUGAGUAUAAUCAUUCCCUGCAGGCAUUUUCAUGUAAACACUGUCUUUCAGAGAAAAUGCGAUGUUUACAUUACAGCCUAGGGAUACCUCCAUUGGCCACUCCUAGAGGUGCUUCCUGGGGCAGUGCAGCACUACCAUUCAGUGUCUCCACCCUCUGCAUGGAGAAACUGAACUUUCCUUAUAGAGAUUCAUUGAAUCAAUAUAUCUCUAUGAGGAGAUGCUGAUAACCAGGGCUGUGUUUUGCUUGUGCUGGCUCUGUCCCUGAUCUGCCUCCUUGACAGUCUCGGCCAAUCCAGUGCUUUCCUAUGGGAAAGCAUUGUGAUUGGCUGAAAUCACCAAUUCUGAUAUCUGCCAAGGAAGCAGAUCAGGGGCAGACUCAACAAUAGACUGGAAUAAAGCUAAGAUUUAACUUUAUUUAGGGAGAUAAGGGGGCCCAGGGGAGCUAGAUAGUGGUUUUAACACUAUAGGGUCAGGAAUACAUGUUUGUGUUCCUGAUCCUCUAGUGUUCCUUUUAACAAGCACUACUUGAGGUGAUUAUAAAAAUCCAAGUAGCCCUUUACCAGCAUCUUUGACUCUGUUGUCAUCUGCUCUGCCUUCCAUUUCAUGUUCUGUCCUCUUUGACGUGCCAUCCAAUCAAAUGCUUCUCAUAGAGAAGUAUUGUGGAUGAGAAGCACAGGUGCCACGUUCCUCCGAUCAAAUGCUUCACUUAGAGAAGCAUUGAUUGAACGUUCGACACCUUCAUGCAUUGUGAGAGGACUUUGAACAUAAAGAACAGCAUUUGACUCUGUGUUUUCAAAAAGGAAGCACCAUAGUGGUUGUCAGUGCAAUUGCCACUAGACGUAUUUUCAGAACAACAAUGUGUUAAGUUUACUUUAUAUACAAGAUCUUUGCAAGAACGUGGCUUCCAACAUAUAUCUAUACAUAGUUGAAGGGUGUGCACAAAGCUGCAGUAAUAAUAAAUCACAUCACUUGUGCUUGGAGUGUCCAUUUAAUGAUGAGAUUGUUCUUGUUGCUUUUAUUUCAAUGGUAGGGAAAAUGUAAACAAAUAUUUUCUAUAUUUAUCUAGGGAAUGAAUGCGUAUUGUAGUCAUAUUUUUCUAGUUGAGUUAUGAAAGAUUUGUUAUGAGAUAAUGUGCAAUGUAUUGUUUAUAUUGCAGUGUCUCUUUAAGUGCUUAGUCAGUGGUACAGUGCCGCUCUGUACUUUGAGACGUCUGAUUAAGUCACCCAUGACCGAAUGUGCACUAGACAACUUGAAAAAUAAGCACACUCUGCCCAUUGCUGUUUAGUCACUGUGCUCACAUGAUCCCCUUUUCUUUCUUUUGCAGGCCUGACCUGUAACUGGACAUGGCCGCAGCCUCACCAAGGCCGGCUACGAGAAAUAGUCAUGAAGAUUUAAUGCUGCACGUGACAGGUAGGUUUUUACUAUCUGCAAGAUUUUUGAUUUAGGCACCUGUUAGUGGUUGUAGUUAAAAUGUCACAUACAAACUCCUUACUGCAUGGCAAUAUAUGAUUGGUCUGUAGCUAGACUACAACAGUCAUUACUCAUGACAAUUAAGUCCAAUGGCUAAAGUUACAUGUUCUAGUAAAUCCAGUUUAGGACACUGCGACUACACACUAACUUAAUGUAUGCGUCAUAAGGAGUUAAAGUAUAUUUACUCAUCGUUCAAGAACGUUUUUCAUGUAUGACUUGUUGGAGCAGUCAUUCGUAACUUUGGCACUGCAAGGAAUUAUCAAAUGCAUUUCCUGUGAUGGGUGGAUGGGCAAGUAGUAGACUUGCAAACAUCUGCAGUGCUACAGUUGCCAUUAGUUGAUGGUGUUUCAAGGCAAUGUAGUUUAAGUUUGCAGUUAUAAUGAACACAGAUUUAUAAAAACAUGUAGCAUUUGUGGGGUGUUUGUGUUGGGGUGUCCAUUUACAUAUGAUCUUUUGUGCAUUAUAUUGUGUGUGUGUUACAAUAGAUUCUUUGACUCUGUAUCAGUUGAAUUCAGAUCUGGAACAUUCACACAGUGAUUAAAAUGUUGGUACUUGCUGUAUAAGAUAUGUAACAUUUAUAUGUCUGUAUCAGGGCUCAAAAUUACACUGCUAGACAGGCCAAAGGUAACUUGUAAGCCUGGAGGGACCAUUGUACACUCACCAGGGAUUCAUUGGAACUCGCCAUGGCUGAAUUUUGAUUUGCCAGUGGCUAGUGCGGUAAUGGAAAUUUUGAGAACUGUCUAUAUCUUUGCUUUGAGAUGGAGACUAUAUACCCCAACUAAGUAUACAAUUACCGUAGCAUGCUUGUACCUUUUCUUUAGACAUUUGACCCACUGCCUUUAGUGAUGUUUGACUAAAACUAAUCUAUCGUUUUGGAUCAUUUAGACUUUCACAGUAAUUCUGUAUUCACAUAAACAUAUAAAGAAAAAUGGGGGAGAUUUAUUAAAGUGUUAAAAUGGUUCAAAAAGAGUGGGGGGUGGAGGGGGUGGUGGCAGCAGUAUCUUUAGGGACAUGGCUGUUUAAUCCCUUAAGGACGGGACUGUUUUUGCGAUGUUGUACAUUUGCGACCAGGCCUCUUCGUACACUUUUGUGGUGUUUGUGUUUAGCUGUAAUUUUCUCUUCUCUCAUUUACUGUUCACAUACAAAUGAUAUAUUGUUUUUUCAGGACAAAAAGGGCUUUCUUUACAUACCAUUAUUUAUAUAAUCUCAUGUAAUUUAAUUAAAAAAAAUAUGAUGCAAAAUUGAAACAAAUACAUGUUUUUUUUACUUUUACUUGGAAAAAUCUUUUACUCAUCUACAAAAGCUAAUGAAGAAAAACUGCUAAAUAGAUUCAAAAUUUUGUCCCGAGUUUAAAAAUACCCAGUGUUUACGUGCUUUUUUUGCAAGUUAUAGGGCUAUAAGUAGGAGAUUGCGGUUUCAAAACAUACAUUUUAUCUGUCAUAAAUCUCUGGAAAACACCCCACAUGUAUAUAUAUUUUUUAAAGUAGACAACCAAGGGUAUUCAUCUAAGGAUAUUUUGACACUUUCUAUGCAGCCAUUUUACCACCAGUCUUUGCCAAACUUCGCAUAGGUAGUUUUUUUUUUACAUACAUUGCAGUUCAGGUAUAAACUCACAGAUCCUGUUGUGUUGCUGCCAAAAAACACACUAAUAUAUGUUCAGCAACAUCUCCCGAGUACAGUUAUACCACCCAUACAUAGGCUUGUCGAGAUGUUUAGGGGCUAAAAGGCCACAUUUGGCAGGUGCACAUAUCCACUUUUUGGCAUGUAGUCGACCUGCGCACAUGUCCUAUUUGGGACAUUUGUAAAGCUGACCAAUGUAUUUAACCCCCACCAAACCAUAUAUUUUUGGAUAAGUAGACACCCUAGGGUAUUUCAAAUGGUUGUAUUUUAACACUUUCCAUGCACUAAUUCUACCACCAGACUUUGUCAAACUUUUAGGUAGUAAUUGUUUUUGUGGUUUUUUUUUCACACACAUUUUACUUUAGGCAUGAAUUAACAGAUCGUGUUAUGUGACAUUGCCAAACACCCCAAUAUGUGUUCAGCAACAUCUCCUGAGUACAGUGAUACCACCCAUGCAUAUGCUUGUUUAGUUGUUUGGGGGCUAAAAGGCCACAUUUUGCACGUGCGCAUAUCCAUUUUUAAACUUGGAAUUUUGACAUGUAGUCAACCUGCGCACAUGUCCUGUUUGGGACAUUUGUAAGGCUGGCCAAUGUAUUUUACCCCCACCAAACCAUAUAUUUUUGGAAAGUAGACACCCUAGGGUAUUUCAAAUGGUGGUUUUUUUUGUUUUUUUUUUUGUUUUUUUUAACACUUUUCAUGCACUAAUUCUACCACCAGCCUUUGGCAAACUUUUGGGUAGUAAUUUUUUUCGUGUUUUUUUUUUUAUUUAUUUUUUACACACACAUUGUACUUUAGGCAUGAAUUAACAGAUUUUCAACUUGAUAUAUAGGUAUGCAUGGCCUAUCUUCAGUUUGGCAUAUUUUUGCAUCCCCCUGUUAAUGUUAACAUCAUGAAAGUUUAUAUUUUUAUAAAGUAGACAUUCCAGGGUAUUGUAUAUGGGGUGUUUUCACAUCCUCCCCCCAACCAUUGUGCUAAACAAAUUUCAGGGAAUGUGCAUGGUGGUAAUUUUUGAAUUCUGCUUUUUAUGCACACGUCAUCUGGUUUUGGCCAGCCAGUUAUGUUACUGCCAUAAAACUUUUUUUAACCAAAUGUGCAGGUAUCAAAUGCACCUUUAGCAGCAUUCUCUAAACUAACUCCUGCAAAAAGACUCUAACUGGAGAUUUGGGGGAAGGAAACUGACUAACUAAAAUUUGCUGCUUUCAAAAGAAAAAAAACAGUGCAAAGGGGUGUCUGUCCUUUUCCCUUUUUUAUAACAGACCCGGCAACGUUUCUGGGGAUUUCUUUUUUGGUGUUUGCGGUAUCUUAAAAAUAAAAUGUCUGGACUCUUCUUGCACCGUUGUUGGAACUUGACCAUCUCCAUAAAUUAUUGUGGAAAUCAGCUUGAGCUGAAAUUGGAGAAAGGUGGUUCUUUCUGGAUAUAUUUUUUUAAAGAGUAAAAAUGAAUUAUGUGUUGCUACUUGCAUUAGGUAGAUAGCCAGCUUUUUAUACCAGGCUUUUGUCUAUCUUAAGAUAAGAUAUGGCUGGAUCAGCUGAUCAGCCAAAUCAACACCCCCCAUGUGCCUGUUAUAAGCCCUGACGCAAACAGGUUUUGUCUGUACCCUGUCUCGGACAGUGACGUCUGACAUGCUUUCGUCAUGGAUGGUUGUUAGCAUGUGAACAUCCUUCCUGUCCUUAAAUUUUAGUGCAAACAGUUCAGCUUUGCGCAAAGCUUUGCAUUCACCUUUUUUAAAUUUGGCCUCUAUGAGAGGUCUGGGGAAAUCCUUGGCAUUUCCUCUUACAGUGGUGCAACAAGUGGACACUGCUGUAAAAAUUGUCCACAUAAAGGUGGUAACCCUUAUUGAACAAGGGGAUCAGUAGGUCCCAAACAAGUUUCCCACUUGUCCCCAGAGAGUCAGGACAGCCAGUAGGGUUCAGUUGACCAUCUUUCCCCUCAUAUACCCAAAAGGCAAAUGUGUAGCCACUUUCACUCUCGCACAGUUUGUACACUUUGCCAUACUUAGACCGCUGCGAGGGGAUAUACUGUUUGAACCCUAAUCUCCCUUUAUAUUUCAUAAGGAAUUCAUCAAUAGAUACAUUUUGUUGGGGAGUAUAAACUUCAGAAAAUCUGUUCUGAAGAUGGUCUACCAGUGGGCGUAUUUUAUGAAGAGUCAGAAUCUGACACCAAGAAGGCAUAUGCCUCCUCCAAGCUGUACAUGUUUCACACUAACAGACUAAACUAACAAAAUACUAAACACAAAUUUAUAUAUAUAUAUAUAUAUAUAUAUAUAUAUAUAUAUAUAUAUAAAAAUUUUUAUUUUUUUUACUAAAACAGACUAAAACAGAAAUCCCUAAACUAACUCCUGUUAAAAGAAUCUUAUGGAGAUUUGGGGGAAGCUAACUGACUGACUAAGACACAGAUUUUUAAAAUAAAGUUAGAAAUACACCUUUUAUGUUCCUUAGAACUAUAGUGUCAGUUAGCCAUAAACUUAUUCCAUCGCCAUCACCUCUGAUAUCUGUAAUGGAGAGACAAUAAUGUGCAUGCACAGCAAGCGUCUCAUGCGCAUUAGGCCUACGCAUUGAAUCAGUGUUUUCAAAUAGGGAUUAAGAGUGAGGACUUUCAGCAUCUCUUCAUUGCGUUAAACUGGGUAAAAGGAAGUGCUUCUAGUGGCUGUGUGGGAGACAGCCACUAGAGGCAGCCUUAACCCUGCAUAAAUGUUUUACGUUGCAGGACUAAGGGGUCAGGGACAGUGCACCCAGACCACUUCAAUGAGAUGAAGUGCUCCGGUGCCUAUUUUCAGUGCAUAUCUUAGGUGAUGCUGAUUGGCGCAAUGACUGGAGGUGGGGCCAGCAGCGAUGAGACCGGCAUGAUGUGGGAAAAAGGGUGAGAGGAACACAUUCCAAUGCGAUCUUAGUGAGGACGGUGACCAAAACACCUUAGUGGCACACAUACACACACUCAAACUCAUUGACAAAAUUUAUAGGCGCCAUGGUGACCUGGCACCUUGGAUUUGUGGUGUCCUGCAGUAAAGAAACUAAAAUGUUUCUAUAAAGCAAAAUCCAAAAAGAGGUACUUUGAAGGUAUAAGUAAAACUGCAUUUGUAAGGACUGAUAAUUUUUUACUAUUCCUUAUCCUGAAAUGGUUUAUCAAGAACUGACCUUCAUAAUACAUUAUUUGUAUAUUCUCUGUAAAUCAGAGACCACAGUUUUCCCAAGCAAAGUCUUUUAGAUGCUACAUUGUCUUCAUCCUAAUGUUUGGAUCACUAAUGGAUGUUUUUCUUUUAUUUAUGUGAAGUUGAGCUUUGUGAUUCACUGUUUGACAAGUUGUGUUUAAUAAGCAGGUGUGUCUAAUAAAUAGGCCACUGAGAGUGUGUUUAGAAAAUCGCUAGCAAACAUAGGGAAGCAUGAAUUGGGAUAUAAGCAAUGCUUUGCUUUUACCAACUAAAUUUGAAAUCCAAAUGCCAGAAUUUAGGAAAAAUAGUCACACUGACAUUUGCUAUUAUUGUCUCCUAAUUUUGCCUCAGUUCUGCCAAUUCAAUUUUCAGCUUAAUGGCAAUAAAAUGUCUAUGCUCUUGCUGUCAGUUUGGUUAAAGGGACACUCCAGGCACCCAAACAACUUCAGCUCAUUGGAGUGGUCUGGGUGCCAACUCCCACUACCCUUAACCCUGCAACUGUAAUUAUUGCAGUUUUCAUAAACUGCAAUAAUUACCUUGCAGGGUUAACUCUACUAGACAGCCACUAGAGGGCACUUCCUGCUUCAUUGCACAGGUUUUCUGUGCUAAAGCGUCACUGGACGUCCUCACGCUGUAUGAGGACCUCCAGCGUCGCUCAAUUCCCCAUAGGAAAGCAUUGAAAAGCAUUUUCAAUGCUUUCCUAUGGAGAACUCUAAUGCGCAUGCACGGCAUUGCCACGCAUGCGCAUUAGGUCUCCUCAGCCGGCGGGCGGGAUCAGUCUCACCUGCCGGCUGACGUAAUGAAGAGGAGCGACGACGACCCGAAACCACCACCGAGGGACAUCGGCGGGGGUCUCAGGUAAGUCACUAAAGGGGUUUUCACCCCUUAAGCAACCGGGGAUGGGUGGUGGGAGGGAGAGGGGACCUGCAGUGACUGGAGAGACCCUUUAGUGUCUGUAUACUAAAAUUUACAUGACUGGUACAAAAGCUUGCUUUAUACAAAUGUACUGUCCAAACAAAGCUUUUCAACACGUCUGUAACUAGAGGAAGAUGAUUGGAGAUAAUCAUAAAGAGUGAGCGAGCUGCAUGUUGUCUACAGGUUAUUGUAGUGGUUAUGGUACGGAGAGAAUAUGGGUGCAAUAUCAAACAGGUUUUAAACACGUUGACCAAAAAUGGAGGAUUUGCUAAACACAAAGUUAAGUAGCCCACAUUCUAACCACAGUUGAAAUCUAUUACAUAGCAUACUCAAACUCAAAUGAGAGGAGUACAAAACAAUACUGUGAAAAGCUUUAGAAAAUCUGAGAAAAAGUGUGUAAUUUUGUUCUUCCCAUAAAACUAUAUUUAAACUCUUCACAUCGUUGGAUUUUUUUUUUUUUUUGCAGUUGUGGAAACUUGAGAAAUCACAAACAAAGCAGAGUUCUCUGAAUCAUGAUCAUAAUGUAAAACAUAAUACCACUGAAGACCAUACUCGCAAAUCUUUACUUAGUUCUUAAAGAAACAUUCUGUUACAAUAGAAAACUAUUCUAUAUGAGAAGCAUUAACAAUGUUGGGCAUUAUCAUGCUGCGUGUGAUGGCGUUGAACAUAAAACCUUAAAUAUAUACAAAUCGAAGCUCUUAAGGAGGAAGCAGCUUUGUUGACAGCCUGUCUGCCAGCCACUUUUCUCAGAAAGGCUAUGUUUUACAUUUUCAGACAAAAGGAGGACAAGGAUUGCAUAUAUACCCCAUGGCCACUACAUUAGGGUUUUUGGUGAAUAGUGUACUAAUCAAGUAGUUUGGAUCAAGACAGAUGAACACUCUAUAGCACCAGUGUUCAAUGCAGUGUAGGUAAUAAUUUUGUAUUGUGAAAGAACUGAACUAUUUUCUAGCACAGAUAAUAUAUAUUAUACGUUAGCCAGGUUUUAAGUUACUCGUUAUUGUAAGCCAUAGUAUGGCCACCAAGGGUGAAUUUUCUACCUGUCCGGUCCAGUUAAUUUAACUUUCAUUCUACUUCUAUCCAUCUAAACACGGCUUUCCUUCCAAAACGUGUGUUUAAUGGAUCUGAUCUGUUCUUGUAUCUCAUUCUGGAUAUUUUACACAUUUCUGCAUGUAACUUUUAAUACCGGUGAAUUUAUGUGUAAUUUUUUCUACAAUGCAGCAGAUUAUAUUUGUAUUCUUGUCCUUAAACAUGUUAUGGAGUGUGAGCUGUCAUUCACUCAAAGACGUGCUUUAUUGACUUUAUUGUAGAUCUUAAGAAAAGCAGUCUUUUCUUGCCGAGUUCAUCAUUGCAGGAAUUUGCUGCAUUUAUUGGUAAAACACAACAAUCGGUGCCGCUAAUUACAUUUACAAGGGCCAGUAAAAUAUUGUGUAAAUACCUCAAUGCUCUGGUACACAGACUUUGUUAAAGUAACUGAAGGAUCCACUGUUAUAUCUAAUGGUUUAGAAUAUCUCUUCUACUUAAACCAUAAACAGCUGCAGAUUGUACUUAUUGUUAUCACUGUGUGGUAUCUAUAUUCAUGCAGAGGUGUUUAUCACAAAAUUGAUUAUGUUGCAAGCUGUUGAGAGACUAUGAAGAACCUGCUGGACAAAUUAAUAAAUAAGAAAACCGCCAUUUGAUUUAAUUUAAGCCUGCAUCUGUUAAUGUUUUUCCCUUAGACUUGGUUCUCACAAGUUGAGUGCUAUAGAAAAGUUCCUUUUUUAGCAUGUGGUUUUCUUGCAUUUAGUAGACCAACAUUUAAGGAAAAGAUCCAGCUCUAACGCACUGAAAAUGAUUUAGAUGGGAGGAAUAACUUGUCUCACUAGGAUAUAUGAGCGGUAACAACAGAGGGCACAUGUAUGGUGCAUGGAAUGCUAGUAAUUGUCAGAAACCAUGCACUGAUCUCACCUCCACAGCACACCUCAACCUUCCCCCUAUAAUAAAGCACCUGUGAGAGCCAUCCAGUUAUAACUAUCUGUAAAUGAACCUCCCCCCAACCCGAAGUAUGACUUCAGAAAUAAAGGUUGUGUACAAUUAAGGAUGGAGAGGAAUAAUAACCAAAUACCUGGGAUCCACGAUCUUUGAGAUAUUCCCAACUGCUUUCUCAAUGCAUAUAAUGGAUUCCACUGAAGAAAUGGGACAUUUGGGAAAAGGAAAUAGAUUUCCAUAAAGAGUAGAAAAGUUUCAUCAAUUUUUCAAACUGGCAGUUAAAUUUAUAUACUGUACAAUACUAUUUGACAUAAUAUUGUCAUUGAAUAUGGUUCACUGGGACAAAUACACGUUAUAGUCCUGUUUAAUGGGGAGCUUGCCCAACCAGUUUCAUGUACAGCCUAAUAAUGGUUUAUCCAUUUCAGAAAGCUUGCUCUAGGUUAUUCCACGUUACGGUGUUGGCUUGUGUACAGUAUGUCACCAGUAAGAAUUGAUGCUUUUAUUUUUUUGGCUAGCUCACCCACCACACUUCCUGUUUCAACCUCCUUUCAGUUUACCAGUUCAAGUGCAGUACAUCGCUUAAUAGUUGGUGGUUCUAUUUUUUUUUUUUCAGCUACGUCGCUGAUCUCACAUCCUAUUUCAACAUCCUGUACUUUUUACAGCUUAAUUUGUUUGUCUUUAUAUAAAAGACUUUAAAUGAUGGCACUAUUCUUUUCUAUGUGGCAUGGAUCAAUUUAAAACAUUUGCCUUUAUUGUUGAUGCUCAUGAGGAAUUAAGAUAUCUAAAGACUAAUAAGACUACUGAUGUACAUAAUAUUUGUGUGACGUAAGCACGCAUUGUGUUACAGUAUAUGAUAGAAUCUGAGAGAGUGUAGAAUUCCGCCUCUUUAAAGCUCUCUAGCCAAUUUGGCAUGUCUGAUUAGCUAUGGACUGUUUCUAUGAAUUGGCAAUAAUACACUUUUUCAGUUUAGGGUAGGAAAUCGUGAGUGGUGAUUUGACCACUCUAAAUCAGUUGCUGAGGUUCAGCUUAGUUUCUUGCUCAGAGCAUACUGCUUUGUGUGAACAACAAUUUUGUCAAUUUUGAUAUUAAAUAUCUAAAGGUCUAGGUUAAAUAAAUGCAUUUUAGUGCACUUGAAUAAGGCAGUUAAAAUAAAAAUAUGCAUUUGUUUCUAAAAUCCUACAUUUUCCCACAUCAGGUUGAUCUAUCCCCUCUUUGCCAAGCGCUAACUUCCUUGUUAUUACUGAGUAGUUUCCAAUGAAUUGCUUCUUAUUUGGAAUAUAAAAAACAAACAAACAUAGAUUAUUAUUAAAUAAAUACUGAAUCUUUUACAAACUAUAAAAAUAUAAUUUACUCAUGUUGCGCUGUAAUAUAUUCUUCUUGUAGUGCAACAAGCCUGAACUAGCCUUGAUUUCUGGCUUCAACCUUUAGGAGACUGCUUUGCAUUAGCAGGCAAUGAACGGAGUAAGCACAAUCAGCAGCGAAGAAUGAUCAAGUCUAUUCAGGAAAUAAGUAGAGAGGCUGUGUAAGUCACAGUCAAGGGACGUGUUGCUAGAGUUGGAUAAAGUGGUCUAUCUCCUAUGUGACUCAGAAUGGAGCAGUAAGACUGCAGGUGUGGGAUUAAUGCACCAAAACCACUUAAUUAAGCUAAAGUGCUUAAUUACCCUUAAGGUUUACCUAUCCUUUUAUAUUUAAAAGAACAUUCAAUUUAAAUCAUUGAAGUAUAUUUUCACUAUUUGGCAUUUUAUAUAUAUAUAUAUAAUAUAUAAAAAAAAAAUAUAUUGCAACCUUUUAUAAACUUUAAAAAAAAAAAAAAAAAUCCACAUGUAAAGCACUCGAGCAAGCUUGAGUACUUUGUCAAGUGUUAUAUGUACAUGUAUAUAGUGGUAUCUCGGUUUACGAAUUGAAUGCGUUCUCCAGGACGUUUCUUAUUGUGAAAAAUUUGUAAACCGAAAAAAUGGUUUCGCAUAGGAAUGCAUUGAAAAACCAAUUAAUCCAUUCUGGAGGUCAGAAAAAAGUCAAAAUGAGCUGGCAUGGAAACCAACCCACAAUGCAGAACACACAGGAAAUGGAUUUAUGAAUUGUUAUGCCACUUUUUCCCAACAGAAAAGUUGCACAAUUUUGACACGACGUGAAUUCGGCGGUCUUCUAAAAUGAAAAUUUACUGUUAAAAAAAAAAAAAAAAAAAAAUUGUCACUUUUCAGAUCACUCUUAUAAAUAUGACUAAUAAUGACUGAAUUUAACCUUGGCUUUUCAGAACACUUUGAGAAGUGUCCUUUACUGUUCCAUUCUUCUCCUCCAUGCAGGAUGUGCCUGGACUGACCUGGAUUUAAAAGAAAAUUAGAGCUUCAUGUUUACAUGCGUUCUAGGUUAUUUUCAGUGCUUUAUUAAAUGAUGAUGCUAACUGUACAGUGUAGCUAGGAGUGGGUGCAUCCCAGAUUGAAGGUAGGGAUGUUUAGGAUAAUAGCUAGGACCUACUUUUUGUCAUGUGAGUUGAAACCUAAACCACCAUUGCAACUGAAUUGUGCAUACCGUAACCACCUCACAUUUAAAUUUUCUAUAGAAAUUUUUAAUGUUUUUUUAUGCCAGGGUGGUGAAUUCUGCACAGCUAAAGCAACUAUUGUGGCCUUUAAAGUGUUGAAUCUAUCCCCAGCACACUGCCGUAGGAAGCCUUGUUCACCAUACUGGAAUUGGAAGAACAUUUCGGUUGUGUUCAAUUGGUGAAGAAGAAAGCAAGAUUUUACAUUCCUGACGUGGAAAUGUGCCUGCCUGCAUUCAUUUCCAUUAUUUAAUUAAAUCACUUAGCAGCGGGCUGAAUGUUGUGCUGAUAAGCAAACACUAUAAUUAAAUUAUAUAUAUUUUUUCUAGCCCUUUUUAAUAUAGUCUGAACAUAUUUACAGAAUGACAGCAUAUCAUUUUCUAAUAAACCUGCAUCUUGUAACGGGAACCGUCAAGAAUAGCCACUAACAUUUAUUGGCUCUAUUCUUUUCUAUAUGGUAUGGAUACCCUUUCUCCCACCCUUUUGCUCCAAAAAUACUGAUGCACUUGACAUAUUCUUUUGAACAUGUUCAGUUGAAAUAUGAUUGAACCAAAGACUCCCAGAAAUCCUUGGUGUGCCCAUAAACCACCUUUUAUAGGAUAGGCUGAGCAGUGCUAGUGCUGCAAAAGGGCCACCAAUCAGGAGAUGUAUCCAGUCCACCAGAGAACAGUGCAAUCCAGUACGAAAUAAUUUAUUACAAGAAAAAUGCAAGUAUUGUGGUCUCCUUAUAGCUGGUAUCAUGCUGACCUGAUAUAUAUGUAGUAAUCCAGAUAGAUUUCUGUGAUUCUGCAACACCGGGAUCUUCUCUUUUGGCAACUCUUGCUGUUUCCUGAGAAAAUGUCCAGUUUCCUACAGCUAGCGGCAGCUGUGGGAAUUGACAGAACUGGACAUUUGAAGCUCUGCUUAUUGUAGUUUUGUCAACUUACACUUUGUUAUAUGAUAACGUAGACCAGUCCUGCACAACUUGGCAGUAGGUAGGGCCAAAACUAAAAGACUAAACUUCUUCGAGACAGAGAGAUGUUUUUAGCGCCUAAUUUUCCAAUUAAAGGUAUAAAAUAACAUAUAAAAAUACAGAUCCUUAUACCAAUUUCUCUGUAAAAUCAAACUCAUAUGUAAUUCUCCCUGAUUCAGAACAGCUAAAAUGUUCAGUUGUACUGUAUAACGCUACAAAUGUUUUCGUAUAAAGCAUGCAUUGUCUUUAGAAUGUCCAUAAUUAUAAAAACAAAACCAAAAAAAAGAGUGUGCACACGCGUUAAAAUAUACAUGCUUAUAGCCACCCGCCAGUUUCCUAUGUUUUGGGUGCAGGAGGGUGACUGCCAUGGUUUCCAGUGUGCUGGCUGAGGUUGUUGAGACUUAGGGGCUGGUUCUUACAGCAUUUGCCCCUUCCUCUCAAGCCUUCUACUCGGUCCUCAUGGCUUUCCCAGUCCCAGACCGCCUCAAAACUACCUUCUCCCUUCUGCGUGGCUCUGCAUCUCUCUGGGAGGAUGUGACAGACUGUCACUUUUUCUGUGGCUGCUGAUAGGCAAGGGGCACGGUUGCGAUGCUAAAGGGGCACAACGCCCAAACUGCCCACUGUUGGCAAUGGCCCAUCUGGUGGCCAUAAGUGCAAGGGCCUCCCGAUUUGCCGCACAAAAUCCUUUGGCUGGCCACAUGUUGUGCCGGUCUGCCGUAGAUCCUACUUGAAUGAAUUUGCAAUGCAAGCAGUGUGUUUGUUUAAUUCAUAAAGAUUUUCUUUGAAUUACUCAAGUGACCAGGUGGUGACUGGGCUGCUUUUAAAUGUAAGUUCUUAUUGUAUGUAAAAAUAUUAGGUGGUAACAUUCUCCCUGUUUGCUAGUAAAGAGCAUGCUAUCUGUCACAGUAUGCAGUGCAGCUCAAUGUACAAUGCUGCCAUCUGGACUUCUAAACUAUUUUCCUUAGGAUCGUAUGUCAUUCCCACUUAUGUUUACUAUUUAUUGGAUAUUUUUUCCUAGCUCUUUCAGCGCAGUAAACAGACUUUCAAAACACUUUGAGUGCUUGUUCCUAAGAAUGUUUGUCACAGGGGAGGCUGCGUAUAUUUUUAGCAUUUAGCAAUUUGUUUUUUAAAGUGUUUUUGCUUGAUCCCCUUUUUUUUAUUUUUAAACAUUUAUUCCCCCCACCCCCUCUUUUCGGUUUCCCAUUUCUACUUCCCAUUUUCUGCUUUUCUACUGUUCUGGAAGUGUAAUGGCUUUUUAACCUUUUACACUCUUUAUUUUAAAGGCGCUCAGUACAGCCUCUCAAAAUAAAAAUGACAUUUAUUUUGAGAAGUAAUGGUCUCCGUCACAUUUGGGGGGGGAAAGUGCAGCUUUCAAUAGAAAUGAACACAUUUUAUAAAUUAUACUGGUUAUACCACCUGUCUUUUUAAGCAGACAAGCGGUCCCAUUACUUCCUGGUUUAAUUAGCUUAGUUAGCUUAGUUGCACUGAACUCAAAAGGUAGCAAUUGCCCAGAACACCUGCCAUGCAAAGGCUUUUCAUUGAGCUGCAUUGGGAAGUCUGUGAUUGGACAGUCACAUAGUCUGGGCGGGAUUAGAAGAGGAGGGCUUUCAAAGGCAAGCUGUUUUAAGAUAUACCUCCAAUAAGAAAAAAUGCAUAAUUAAAUGCAUGCAAGCUUUCAUUUGGGGUAGAUCUACUAAAGUGUCAGUGGAGUGUCCCUUUAAAAUUGGAUGGCUCAGAAGAUUAGGUAUUUUAUGAAGAAAUUCACUAAGGAAAUUUACAGACUUUUCAAAGACAGGGUAGCCUAAAAAUCCUACAGUCCUAGAUGCUUAAUUCCUCUAACUUCUUUACACAGUAAAGGAGUUUAAGCAUGCGUGGGUAGUCAUAAGGCUAUCCUAACUAUAAGAUAAGGCCAGGGACUAAUGAAAGUAUUUAGAAAAUUGGGCAGACUAGAUGGGCUGAAUGGUUCUUAUCUGCCAUCACAUUCUAUGUUUCUAGACUGGGGUAAACAACCUUUGGCACUCUAGAUGUUGUGAAAUACAGCUCCAAUAAUGCUCUUACAGCCACAAUGCUGGCAAAGCAUCAAGGGAAAUAUAGUCCACAACAUCUGAAGUGCUGAAGGUUGAUUACCAGUAUUAUAGACAAUUGUUUGUGCUCCCAGGGGGAAAAUCUGAAUUUGGGAUAGAUCAGAAAGGUCUGAGGGAAUAGGUGUGAGAAGACUAGACUAUUGGUAAUGGGAGAUCGAUACGUGCCAAGUAUGGUACUUAGUCUUGCUCUGAAAGGCUUAUGUCAGCCCGGCAGAAUUUAUGAUUUGGAAUAGGAGUAUUCAUAUUUGUUGUGAACAUGCAACCCAGCCAUGAAAUUUGGAGUGCAUUCCACUCAAGCAAUUGUUUGCGAAUUUUCAAACAGAAGUAGUUUUGUAAUGUUCUUGUUUAGAGGGCCUGAGAAUUUUUUUUUCUUUUAAACGAUUAAUUAAAAAAUGGUAUACCUUAUACUUUAAAGUACAUGUAAUCUUAAUCUGUUUCAAAUGAUAACAGACCGUAUCCAUUCUGCGACCUAUCAUUUUUGAUCUCUAAUAUUUAAUGUUAGAAAAAGCAAUCUAGGACAAUCAUUUAAUACAGGGCUCGACAAAUUCCUAGGUAAAACAGGGAAAACAGAUCCACUCCAGCUCUCCCAAAGGUAGGGAGGCUUGGUGGCAUAGAAAUGCAUGAAAACUAAUAAAUGUUUGUUUGUGUGUGUGUGCGCGCUUGAUUAUCUCUGCAAAUCCAAAGCUCCAGAGCGUGGAGGCCCUGAAUGUAGGUGCUGCAUACUAUGGAUGCACUUUAGUGGCUGUCUGAGUGACUGCCACUAGGCAGCAAUGUAAACACUGCCUUUUCUCUGAAAAGUAAGUGUUUAUAUUGAAAAGCCUGCACGGACAGGCUAUAGACCCCAAACCCACCACAUAAAGCUGUAGUGGUCCUGGUGACUAUAGUGUCUCUCUUUAAGAAUUGUCUUUUUGUUGUUAAAAAUACAUCUUUGCAAGUUUUAAAAACCUGACUCCUAACUUUUUUUAGCUGGCUAGUAGAUUCAGAGCAAGUUUGUCACGCUCUGGUUUAAAACAGCUUGCUGAUAUAACUUCUUGUUACAUUGUCUCUAGUUCUCUCGUGAUCUUACCAAACCAAGCUCCGGUAGGAAGUUCCUCUGCAAUUCCCCGCAUUGAAAUAGGGCAGAAAUAACGAAUUCUUCCAUAAUUUCACAGAAAGGAAUGCAAAUUAGAUCAGUUGGAGAAUACAGGUAUAGAGUUUAAAUGGCCAGAUGUUUGACAUGUGCAACUGGUUAUCAUGAUGGUAUGUGUAUUUCACUUCUGGAUCCAACUGUAUAACGGAGACUGACUGGUCUCACAUUGCAUUUUAAGGAGCAGUGAGGUGGAAUGAGAUUCCUGAACUGAAAAAAAUACUUUACGUGGAAAUGUUCCUUUUUUUGGCAUCACCUGUCAAGAGGACAAUCGAAGUAAACAUGGGCAACCUAUCCAUACUUGUACAACUUGUAUUUUAUCUAUGAAUAGAGGGGCAGAGACAUGGAUUAUAUUUUGUUGGUUAGACAUGUCAUGUUUUAGUCUUAAAAUCAUUAAAAAGAACCCACUGUAUUUUUGGGUAUCAGUUGUGUGACCGAUCCCAGCUGGGUACCUCCGCCAAGCACGCUUCCUAGCUUCAACCGGGACACCUGUAGUGCUUCAGCCCCUAGCCAUUGCAAUCAGCUGUCUCACCCAAACACUAGCCGAGAUUUAGUCUUAAAAACAAUUUGAGCAAUAAUCAGAAGGAUUACACAUUUGAAUGUGAAACCUAUUGCAUUCUACCUGGAGAGAAAUCUGUGUUGGUAAAGCCAUUGCUUUCCUUUAGCAAAACAUUGUUUUUCUGUCUGCUAUGCUGACGGGCCAAAACAAACCAUUCUGGCAGCAAACACAGAGCUUACCUUUCCCUGCUGUGUCACAUCUGCUGGACAGUCACAUAGCAGUGUGUAUGUUAUCAGUUUCAUGCAUGCUUUCCUGCCUCACAUUAGCUUAGCAUAGCAGCGUCAUGAGUACCGGAGUCUAAAGUAAAACAUCGAUGAGGCCAAAUGUCCCUUCUCAGUUGUCAUUUUUACGGUUUGAAAAUUCAUUUGGAAUUGCUCUCUCUCUGCUUUUGUAGUUUUAAUGUGAUUUUCUGUUUCACACACCUUUCCUGUGCCAUUUUCAAUAGAUUAAAUGGGGGUAUAUGUUAUGUUAUUUAGAAAUUGCUAUGGCUACAUAACUCUUUAUUAACCCUGACUGUAUACAGGUUUACAUAGUGCUUUGUUUUCUUGUUGUGUAUUUUUUUCCUUCAGUAUCACCUGUUGACUUGGCCUACAGGUGAGACUGAAAUUAGUGGAACCCUGGCAAAUUAGUGGAGCCCACAGAAUGAGUUUGAUACUUGUUUCUUUGAGAAACAUUACUUGUCAAAAGGCUAGGGUAGUGAAGUGGGUCACCGGGCCUUGGAGUCUGUGUAAGAGUAUAUGUAUCAGCCAUUCAUUUUAUAGUGGUAAAUAGCUAAUAUUACCGUAAUAUAAAACAAAGAAAAAUGUCAAUAUUGUAAUAAGGGGCUCAUAAUUUCAAAUCCGAACUUAACUGGCCAGGUUAAAAGUUAUUUGCCACCGUAAAUGUCCUCAAAUGCUAUCUUGGUUUUGAUUUGCCUUUUGUCUGCAGUUUAUACUACAGAGUAAGCCAUAAAGUACAGUACAAACAAAUAAAAUAUCUCUAGCAUCUCAUAAAUGCAGAAGUGUUGUGAUCGCAUCCGCUUCUGCAUCAAUAAACUACACAAACCUACUCUGUCUUUCAACAAGUCUCAAAGGCAUAGAUAAAACAAGUCAAAUUCAUCGACUCAUUUUAAUGGACAAUUGAAAACCCCCUCAGGCCAACUUAUUUACCAUGACAUGCAAGAUGUCCUAUCACAGUGUCUUGGCGCAAGCCCCAGACUGUACCCGCGUGCAGCUGCAAAUCAUGCUGUCUCAAAUAGUGGUGAGAACAGGUAGGGCUCUGAAUGGUGUUCACCCAUGUUAAGUGUACAUGCUACACAUAUAGUUAUCCCUUGUGCGCAUAUAUAACUUCGUCCACUGAGCUUUCUGAGAAAAAGGGCAGUCUUCUACCUGCAGUGACAUUUGCCAAGUGCUGCAGUUAUAAGUAACUGUUGGACAGGAGCACGGCAAGCAUUUUUGUUAUAUUAUUAUAUAUUUUUUUUUAUAUUAAAAGGAAACCAAUGGGAAGAUAUCUGUUUCAGUGAGAAUAGCAGUGACACGUUAUUUGUAAAAUGUUUAUCACAGGAAUAAGCAAUGAAGUCAGCCCAAACUAUAAAAGUAAUCUAAUAUUUUUGUGUUUGUUUGUUUCUUGUAAAAACAUGCUUUUGGUUAUCUGUAAGGGAGAAAAAUGAAGUAAAAGUGCUUUUGACUUUGUUUAAGGGGGAGCCGGGGACCUAAAGGUUUUUCUAACAGGACAAUAUUGCAUUGGGAAAACAUUUGUAUUCCUAGCGCUGUAGUGUUCUUUUGAUAUCUCUAGAUUAUUAUUAUUCACAUUGCUAUAACUCCAACUUCUUCCUCAGUUUUACAAUAUUGUAUAAAGGUUAUGUAUAUUUUAUAAAGGGUGAAACUUAACAAUAAAAAAGACAAUUACAAAAUGUUACAUGAACAAUAGGACACUGCUUGAUAACUUACAAUUUAGUGAUACAGUAUCUCACAAAAGUGAACCCUCACAUUGUAAAUAUUUUAUAUCAACACUGAAGAAAUGACGCUCUGCUACAAUGUAGUAAGUGUACAGCCUGUAUAACAGUGUAAAUUUGCUGUCCCCUGAAAAUAACGCAACACACAGCCAUUAAUGUCUAGACCAGGGAUGUCCAAACUCUGGCCCUCCAGAUGUUGCUGAACUACAACUCCCAUGAUUCUCUGGCUGUGUAUUCCAUUCAAAGAAUCAUGUGAAUUGUAGUUCAGCAACAUCUGGAGAGGCCAGAGUUUGGACAUCCCUGGUCUAAACCGUUGGCAACAAAAGCGAGUACACCCCUAAGUGGAAAUGUCCAAAUUGGGCCCAAUUAGCCAUUUUUCCUCGCCAGUGUCAUGUGACUCGUUAGUGUUACAAAGUCUCAGAUGUGAAUGGGAAGCAGGUGUGUUAAAUUUGGUGUUAUCGCUCUCACACUCUCUCAUACUGGUCACUGGAAGUUCAACAUGGCACCUCAUGGCUUGUUGAGUCUUGCGGUGUCCACAUUCAUAAAAACAGCAAUGCUCUGUUUACAUUGCAGUGUUAAUCCAGCCUCUAGUAGAUGUCUCCCUGACAGCCACUAGAGGCAGCUUCCGUGAUUCUUCGUGUGAAAAUCGCGUUGGUCUCACGCAGCGUGAGUUCAGGUCCCCAUAGGAAAGCAUUGAGUAAUGCUUUCCUAUGGGUGGUUUGAAUGCGCUCGCAGCUCUGGCCGCGCAUGCGGCUCCAUUCAGGAGCUGACAUCGGCAGGGGAGGAGAGGUCACCAGCGCCAAGGGAGGCCGGCGCUUAAUUAAGGUAAGUGGCUGAAGGGGGACCCUGAGGGAGGGGAGACCUAAUAACCCUAUAGGCACUAUAGUGCUCCUUUAAGUCUCCUAGUCCUGUCUCCACCCAUGUUUGUUUUGGCAUUGACCACUGACUUGUUUAAAACUCUUUGCUCACUUUAGUACCUAAACCUGAAAGUAUGAUAGAAGUAGAAUGAGAGUUAGAAGUUACAUUUGUGGCAAAGUUAAUUUCAAAAUUAAGGCUUAAGUAAUUGGACUGGAAGAAUUCAAGCUAUUCCUCUAGUUCUGCUUCUUUGGCCUUAAAAUUGCAAUUCACUUUGAAUUCCUGGCAAUUCUCACUUUAGCAAAUAACCCGGUUUGUGUGCAAAAUCUUAAAAAAAUUAAUAAUGGAAAGCACCGUAAAUAUCUGUUUUUGAAAGCUAGUUUGUAAACAUUAUGUAUAUGCUCAAAGUCAGACCUUUUCCUCUUUUGGUUUUUACAAUUUCAAUUCAUCUUGUUGAGUCAGACUCUACUGUUAUAAGACCAGCUGCUGCUCAGUCCAAGUUACCCACUGCUGUGAUUGCUCUGUAUGAAACGACAUCAGAAUGCCAAGGUAGUUUGAGCAGAAGUUGGUCAGAUAACAGUAGAAUCUUUCUUUUAUUUAUUUUUUUUAAGUGAAAAAUAUAAUAAAUGAACAGUAGGAAUUUGAUAGUUGUCCUUUAAUGUGCUGGGUACCUUGUCCCAUUUGUAGGGAAAUUAUCAAUGAGAAAAAGUGUAUAAAUUGCUUGUAAAUGACCUUAAUUUUUAUUUAUAUUUUUUUCUGCACUGUGGGCCUUUUGUUUAUGGUCUCAUCUUGUGCCUGUUGCUAUCAUUCGUGCCUUUUGAGAUCACAACUUUUAUUUGCUGCCUGAUUUAUAGCUUAUGUUUAGAUUUUUGCUUAUUUUUAGACUAUUAUAGAAAACUGUGCUAUCAACAUGUUCAGCCAAUUGUGGUGAGAAACAUACUCCUUUUGUUUUAGCCCUAAUGAAGUGACUUUGUGUGAGCAUUUGUCAUAAUGUUUGGGGAAAGAACUGCUGUAAAUUAAAGGAUCACUAUAGGGUCAGGAACACAAACAUGUAUUCUGACCCUAUAGUGUUAAAACCACCAUCUAGCCCCCCUGGGCCACUCAUGCCUCCAUAAAUAUAGCAAAAUCUUACUGUAUGCAAGCCAGAAGCUGUAACUCUGCAUGUUGUUUGCCUCAAAAAAAAACAAAAAAAAAACAAGCGGUCUGCUGACCUCAUCAGAAGUGGUUGCCUGAUCCAAUCACAGUGCUUCCCCAUAGGAUUGGCUGAGACUGACAAAGAGGCAGAUCAGGGGCAGAGCCAGCACAAUUCAAACAGCCCUGGCCAAUCAGCAUCUCCUCAUAGAGUUGAAUUGAAUCAAUGAAUCUCUAUGAGGAAAGUUCAGUGUCUGCAUGCAGUGGGAGGAGACACUGAAUGUUUGGAUGCAUUAUAGGCAGCCAUGACCCAGGAAGGAUCUCUAUCAGCUAUCUGAGGAGUGGCCAGUGAAGUUAUCACUAGGCUGUAAUGUAAACACUGCAUUUUCUCUGAAAAGACAGUGUUUACAGCAAAAAGCCUGAAGGUAAUGAUUCUACCCACCAGAACAAAUCCAAUAAGCUGUAGUUGUUCUGGUGACUAUAGUGUCCCUUUAACCCCUUAAGGACCAAACUUCUGGAAUACAAGGGAAUCAUGACAUGUCACACAUGUCGUGUCCUUAAGGGGUUUAAUCUAUGCUGGCCAUUUAAAUAGAGGGGGAGGGAGGGACAUGCAUUAUUGUGUGUGUAUGUAUGUGUAUAUGUACUGGUAUAUAACAUGUUCAACUUUUAAUAAAGGUUUCACAGAAGCAUUUUGCAGGAAACAGGACGUUGACACCCAAAGAAUACAACUUUGUAUUCCUUACCCCUUAGAAUCUCUUUAAGGUGAACAUUAUUAUAUGCCAUAAAAAUGUAUUCAAUUUUUGUGUGUGUAUAUGAUUUGUCACUAAAGUGAUUUGGGCAGCAGCAGUAAAAAUGCAACCUUCUCUCUUCUGAUUGCCUUGUGCUUUUCAGGGUGGAUGUGAAGCAUUAAGCUGGAAAGCAUUUGAACAGAUUUCAAAAGGUUUCUGCUGGGAUCUAAUAAAUAAGCGUUUGUACAAAAUUGAAGUCGAAACACUUGAUUUGGUAAAGGCCAAUAAAACUGUACAUGACAUACAUUGUUGCAAUUGGGUUAGUUAUAAGAGUCCUGUCUGAGCUGGUUACAGUUUAUUAGAAUUUCUGCAUUAGUGUCAUCUCUUUAAAGCUUAUUUCUCACUAAUAAUUUACGUCACAGUCUGAUUCAAUCCAGGCAGUAACUGUAAGAAUAUCUUUGCCUUGAGUGUUACUAAUAGCUGGAGAAUUGCAUAGCAUUUUCAGAAUGUUAAGCAUGCUCACAUUUCAUUUUACAAAUUGUGACCUACAUACUUUAAACAGUAUUUUUUGGAUGAGAUGUUUAAAUGUAUUAUUUUUGCACAUUCUAAUGCACGCUCUAUGUAAUGCAUAAAAAUGGUUACUUAUAGCUUAGUACUAGCGAUAUACUGAAUGAGGGGCUGAGGAGUAUCCCUUUAACCCUAAAAUUAUUAAAUACAAUUAUUAUAUGUGCACAUUAGUUUUAACUUCGCCCUGACACCAAAAAAGUCUAAGCAUUUCUUAUCUUCUAUUAACAGUGUUGAAAAUCCAUUAAUAUUCCAACAUAGUGAAACGAUAGAAUACACAGAGUAGGCUGUACUUAUAGUGAAGUCUCAAGUUUAAACGAGGGACUUCCAUCAGGUUGUGUAAAUUUUCACUGCAAUCUUUGGCCCUGGAUAUAGAAAUCUGAUAUUGUCCAGCUCUUUGUGAGACAUGAUCUUUGGUGGCACUCUUGAGAUCAUCAGUAUUGUUCCACACUGAUGUGGGCUUCUAGAACAUAAAAAAAAGAGUUGAAGAGAGAAGAUUGCGGAAACCAAGGGGGACCAAUUCAUUUAAGUAUAAUUUAUUUCUGCUGCACACCUUGACCACCUCACUCCACGCAGCAGUAGCAGACAUGAUCCUUCAACCUGUUGCUGCAAUCAUUUAGGAGGAACUUUCUAUCUCUACUCAAUUGUCUGUCAUAAGUGGUCCAUUUGUAUAGUUGGGCUACCUGAUGUCUAUUUAUUAGGGAUUUUCAUGCUUCUGGUAGGACUUGAUAUACCAACUAUCCCAUUCUUUUUAUGGUGACUAACACAGACUUUUGACUCUAUAUUACAUGAAUAUUGCAGCAAAAUGUAAUUCUUUAUUUUUACAAAUAUCAAGGUAACACUUUAUAAAUCUCAAACCACUCUGGUCUUAAAUUUGGCAGGUAUGUAUAAAACUAUAUGUGCAGUAUUUGUGUAACCCUGGUAAGUCGGCAAGGCACUCUUUGCAUAGAAUUUGCGUAUCUUUGCCAACAUCCUAAGGCAAUUUGUGACAUGUCUGAAUUAAUUUGUAAUGAGAGCUAAUCAUCGUACUGAUAGAAUGUCUGCGUGUUCGUCUCUGAAUUAAACGGAAUAUUAAAUAACCCACUGUCAGAAGUAGUGACCUAGUCCUGCCAUGAACAAGAUGUGAUUGGCAUCAUUGUCUGAACUGUAAAAGAAAAAAGAAAGCUGGCAUUAAUAUUAAAUAUUGAAAUUUGUCAAAUCUCUAUUAAAUGGCACAUAACAUAAUUUCCGUGAAUGGAUUUAAAUAAAAUUGCAUAUCAUCGAUAAUCUGCCAAAACUCUGAUACUAGUUUUUACCAGACAUUAAGGUAUUAGACCAACCACGUUUAAAGUUAUAGGUAAGUGCUCAAUUCUCGUUUAAAUUCAUAUAACAUAGAUAUAACAUAGAUUUAAAGAAGACCUCACAAUCCAGCUUGGUACCCAUUGCAAAGACGAGGAGAAAUAAGAAACAUUGUCAAGGUUUUUCACUAAAGUGAGCAUUCAAAGUGCAUUUCAAAUAUAAGGUCAAUAUAGUGAAACCGGAAAAGUUCUCUGUGAGCAAUGCUUUCAGGAUACCUACACUGGCCUUAAAUGUGAAAUUCGCUUUCAAAUCUCACUUUAUUGUGAUUGUGGUUUCUCUCUGACUUCUACCAAUUUAUGUUUUGCCACCCUCCUAGUAUCUGUUAUAGCAGAGGUUGCUUUGUCCCUGGGUCAACUGAGGAACAGUGAUUAUGCUAAAUUCUACAUUUUAUUUUUCUGAUUUUAGUAGCUUGGUUAGGAUUUGAGUGACUUGAGUGACAUACACCACCUUUGCUACUAACAAGGAUCAAAGUAACAUUCUAUUUCUUUUUCAUAGUGUCCUGUGCCAAACUGAAGAGAAAAAAGAAUUGGUUUGGAACUACAGUGUAUACGGAACUGGCUGUCAAUGGCGAGACAAAAAAGACUGCAAAAUCGAGCAGCUCAAGUAAUCCAAAAUGGGAGGAGCAGUUAACUGUGUAUGCAUUCUUUACUUUAUAUGUCCCGUUAUUACUUCUGUUAUUUGAAAGAGAUAUAGGUAACAUCAAAGGAGAGCUGUCACUUCAAAUGAUGUGUAACAUAAUGCUUUCUUGUUUACCCACUUUAUAUUUAACGUGUGUGUGUGUAUAUAUAUAUAUAUAUAUGUGUGUAUAUGUAGAGAGAGAAAGAUAUUAAAAUUAUUUCACAGUACGAUAAAAAAAUAACAGUUUUGUAAAAUAAUAUUAAUAAGACAACUAUGUAUCAAUUAAGUAAGGCAAAAGAAUGAAUGGUCUCAUCGUAAAGAUUAUUAAAGCUGCCGAGAGCCUGAAGAAGUCAUAUUUCAUUACCACAUGAAGAAGAUAAAGUGCUUAGUAGAAAAGUAGGACAGACAAAAAAAAUAACGUUUAGAAAAUAGGGUGGAUGAGGGGUUGUCAAACAGUCUAUUUACAUUUGUCAUUAAAGGCACCCAGACCACUUUAGCUAAUUGAAGUGGUCUGGGUGCUGUGUCCCUAUUUCACUUAGUGCUGCAAUGUAAAACAUUGCUGUCUACCAGACCGCUAGUGGGGCGUCUUCGGAAUCAAAACGGACCAUUGGUCCAUUAUCUCCAGUGUCAGAUUUUUCACAAUCCUAAUGCAAACGUGGCCAUUGCUGUGCAUGUGCAUUAGGUCCCCCUGCUGGGUGGUGUGUGUGUGGGCGCAGACCCGGACCCAACACCGUGGGACAUCGGCGCUCGAAUCAGCUAAGUGACUGAAGAGGUUUUAACCCCCUUCAGCCCUGCAGGUGGGGGCGCGUGGGAGAGGGGCUCCUUAUGAACCUAUAGUGCAAGAAAAACGGCUUUGUUUUCCUGGUACUAUAGGAUCCCUUUAAAGACAAUUUUUUUGGUACAUAGUGUCUGCUUAAAGUGACAGUCUAAGCUCUAAACAAUUCUAAUUUAAUAAAGUGGUUUUACUGUUAAAUCACAUGUUUUUGCAGCCCAAGCCACACCAACUCACACAGCCUUCCUUCACACUUCCUGCAAAGUGAGAAUAAAAUGUUAUACUUCCUUUAUUGCACAGUGUGUUGAACUUGAAAUUCUGUAUCUUUUACUCUGAUAAUGGUGUGCCGGCGCAUCCAGGAGCCUCGUGUGUGUGUGGACGCAAUUUAAUUAACAAACCAGGCAAUUAAAAACGUCUAAAGUAAACACAGUGCUGUAAAAUCUGAUUAUAAAGUAAGCUAUUUUUCGUGGAGGUUAUGUUAGUCACUGUCAGUGGAGGUUGGCUAGGGCAACAUAAACAAGUGUAACUCUAAAUUGCAGAAAGUUGUGCAGUAAGACUAUGGAGUAAUGAUCUAUACGUCAAAACUACUUCAUAAAGCAAAAGUUGUUUUGGUGUAUAUGGUAUCCCUUUAAAUCUGUCAGAAUACACUAAGAAAAAAAAAACUUGCUGAAGUAAUGUAGGGGUUUUACACUCUUUAACCCUUUAUAAAAGUGACAAUUUUACUUUUGCAAAGUUGCAUCCUCUCAGGUGUUAAUGAGACAGUGGGGAUUUGCAAUUCCUCACUGGGUUUGUGCACCAGUAUGGUAGGACUAGGUCACUACUUCUGACCGUUUUCAAUGCUUUGCAGUUAGAAUUAUUACAGGCAUUGCAAUUCUUGUGCAUGUGUUCCUCUGUCCUUAUGCUUUCCUAUAAGAAGCAUUGAAUUAGCCAAUAGAUCAUCAGUGCUGAUUAUCUCCCAGAGGCAAAGCAGUGGUGAGGGACCAUUUCAUCACUGGAUUAAAUAUGUCCUAAUAUUUUUCUGCUACUGUUUGCAUCGUGCCAGUACUGAAAUUGUGAUGUAAUUUGCUAAAUCAUUAACCUACAUUUAAAAGACCAUGGAGUAUCACAUGAAAAAAAGUAUAAGUUUUUAGGGGUGUUUUAUUCAGUUUGGUAAAUUUCUCUUUUAAAUGCAGCUUAAUUACUCUGGGGAAAUGCCAAUUCUCACCCACUUUUUCUGUUAUGUUUAUGCCGAUGAUGAAUAGCAUAUUUCUAUUGGGAAAGCCUUCUGCUACUAAUAGGAGAGAGUAGUGCACACACAUUAAAACGGGGGAGUAUUUCCACUAGGGUGCUAGGGAGGAUUAGGUCUCCACAGAAGUUCAAAGGUAGUAGAUACAAAUCACCAGGCACGCCUGAUGGUUUCUUCUAAAAGGCAGUCUUAAUUUGGAACACAGAAUUGGAGACAAUAAUGAGCCUUUCUUUCAAAUAAAGACUGCCUUCUGGAAGAAACCAUCAGGUGUGUCUGGAUAUUUGUAUCUAUAACCAUUUUGCUUUCUAGAAGGCCAUCCGUGAGUCUACUUAUAUGAGAAAGUUGCUUGUGAAGUUAAAAUGAAUGGAUUCAUAGCAACUUGCCAACUGACCAGAGCCGGUGACCAUAUGGUAUUUUCUUGCUGUCAGUUGCAUGGUUCCCUUAGAAACUCACAUCUGUGAGCAGAAAUAUAUUUGCUGCCUAUACGAUGUUUUGACAUAGCUACUAGGUGUCCUUCUUUUGAAUAGCAGUGCCUCUGAGACUUUUUUUUGUUGUUGUUGUUGUCCUUCAUUCAUACCACUGUUCCUUUUAGACUUUAAACCUAUUGCUGGCCUCUGUCUAAUAUAAUUUGGUAUGGUUUAAGGUGGAGUGUAACUCAUUUUUGUCAGAGGGGGGCUGGCUGUGAAGCCCAGGGAUCAUAUAUUUCUGUUAAACCUACUGGAAACUGUUUAACAAUAAAAUGGGGCAUGGCACUUAGGGACAAUGUGUCGUAGUGUUUGUGGUGCCUAAACAAUGUUUAAAGUGUCCCUUUAAGGUCCUUUGCAAAGCACUUAAGUUAAAAACUAAAAUAUGAGAACAAUGGGAAUGGGACGCUCUUAGAAAAAGUGAACCUAUACCAUUUACAUAUAUAGCAAAAACAGAGAAUACGAGAACUCUGAAAACUCAGAUUCAAUAGCUUGCUCUUUCCAAGACAUGCAUCAGAAAUAUUUUAUAAAAAAUACACUGUUUGCAACAAAAUCAAUGAUCGUGUCCUUAUAUUUAAUAGAUAGUCAGUGCAGCUAAAAAUGUAUAUACACAAAGGAUAUGGAAGCAAUUAGGCUGGUUUAUAUUUAUCUGAAACUGAACAUUUAUUGCCAUAUGCAUUACUGCCAGUUGAAUGCCGACUGGGAAAUGAAAGUGAAGUGGUGAAGGUUUCUCUAGUUUAUCAAAAUGAUCACUUUAAACAAAAUUUUGAAGGCGUUCCUGAUUUAGAAACCCAAGAGGGCUAUACGGAUUGGUUUUAAAGGACACGUGAAUUAACAGUCUUGGCAUCACGUUUUUGGGAGGAAUGUGUUGCCCCUGCAGCCGUGCCGAAUGAAAACGGUGUCAUUUCUGAGCUCUAGUCAUAUUUUUGCAGUGCAGCUAUAGUUGUGCAUGCGCCAUAUGGCUGUGAUGCUUCUCUAUAAAAAGCAUCUCAUUGGACACAGCAGACCAAUGCUCUGCCUCCAAUCUGUGUUUGAGGAGGAGUUCUUUCAAAUCUGCACUAAAUGCAUUGAUGAAAGACAAUAAAACCAGAUAAAUCCUUGUAAACCCGUAUGUUAAGCAAGACAUCCUACCCUGUUCUUGUAAUAUUUUUUGUUCGGCUUACUUUUUUUAGACUCUCCUUCAUCUUUUUUUCUUAAUACGGCCAGACUGCUCAAUAUACAUGGAUUAGUAAUCUAGAGUAGAAUAAGGCUAUGUCAUGGAGGAGGAGUCACAAGGAUUACUUCUUUUGUCCUGCCUCCAGCUAUCAGCCGAUAGGAUAAACCCAAAUGUCCACGCUAACUACGGGCUUACAAGCAAAGGAUUUAUUGGUAAGUAAACCCUUUUCUGAGUGUGUUCUUCUUUCCUAGAAACACUGUUAUCAUGCCAUCAGAAUUUAAAAAUGUUUUGUUUGUUUUUUAAAUGAGAGGUUCUGGAACCUAACUGAAGUCUUAGAAGGCACGUUCUAAUGCUGCCCUUUGGUGAAAUGUUUCCAACUUUACUUCACUCUCUGGUUGCAGUAGUACUUGAUUUUGUACAGUUUUGUUUUUUCUUUCAGUAAGGUGGUUAUCUUUCACUUCCCCCCCCCCUUCCUCCCUCUCUCUCUAGGAACGUAACGCCAGAAACCACACUUGAAUUUAAGGUAUGGAGUCACCAUACUUUGAAAGCGGACGCACUGCUUGGAAAAACCUUUGUAGACUUAAAACAAGCCUUGGAAACCCACAAUAGCAAGUGUGAGUGUCGGUAAAUGGCUGGAAACAGAUAUGUGGGUUUUGUGUGUUAAUGUUAUUUUAAAGAGGAAAUCACUUUUGAUAGAUUGUACAUCAGAAUAGUGAACUAACUGAAAAACUAUUUUAUUUUGAUUUGAUAUAACGAGUUCAGUAAAUCAAAAAAAAAUCUUAUUGUGUUAAUUAUAACAAAAUAUCAACAGCAACAGAGCUCUACAUUACAACUCCCCUUAACACACCAAUAAAACUAAAAAGUUGAUCGCUAUAACAGAAUAAAUGUCAGUAUUAAAAAUUUAGUAAAGCAUAAAAAGUCAUAAAACCUGAAAGUACAAUGUUUUACUAAUGCUGCUGUCCAUGUAAACUAUAAAUUGUUGACUCACACGUUUCAGAGCCACUUCCAAAGGUCAUGGUGUAACCAUAAAAGACUUUGGAUCACCUCUUUUUCUACUUUCUACUCACUGUAUCAAACUGGAAUGCAAAAGAAAACACAAAAAGGAGAAACACCAAAAUUGAGUCGUCAAAUGUAUGAUUUAAGGAGAUAUUUUAUUGCAAAAACAGUGUCUCGAUCACAUUAUUAACCUGAUAAACAGGAUGUUGUGCACUUGCCCCCUAUUCGCUAAGGCUGCGUAUGCAGACAUUAACAUUGUAAUAAGCUCAUUUCAGUAACCACCUCUCCAAAUUCUACUCUAUUCUUUACAUGGUUUGUCAACCAUUUCUUGUUUACAUGGUUUGUUUUGUGUAGUUGUUAUGGCAUUCUAAUAAUGUUUUAAAUGUAUAUACACUUAGUGUGUUCAUGUACUCUAACCCAUUUAAUUAGUGGAUUUAGAAUUCUCAACAGCACACACUGCAUAAACAGCAGGUACGAUACAAUGCAGUCUCUGUAUACAAAGAGUGGCAAAAGCAUUAUCUAUUCUAUAGAGCUCACCUUUUUAUGUUCUGUUACCUCAUUUUGCUGGUUUGUGUGGUACCCAAAUAUUUCAGCAAUGUUUCUUGUGCCUUAAAUAAUGUCAUUACAAAAGCACAAAAAGUUAAGGAUCCAGAAAAUGUUGGAUUUCUCUAUAAUGCUUUGAAAGAGAGUGGUGAUCAUUGAAGAAUGUGAUAUGGAUACCCAUGUAUGGGUUCUAUAUUAUCUGUUGAUUUGCUAAUCACAUUUUCUAUCUUUGUCAGUGGACAAAGUAAAACAGCAGUUAAAGCUUUCGUUGGAGGGCAAGCAUGGCACUGUCCAGACGGGUGAAUUAAGCAUUAUUUUAGAUGGUUUGAUUGUAGAACCAGAAUCCCUCAAUACCAGAUCAACAUCUCCUCCACUCAGUAAGUUUCAUAACUUGAUAUUAUUCCUUUAUUUUUUUUAUCAAAUGGAAAACAAAAAAAACACAACUCUGUUUUUGUACUUGUAGUAGAAAUCCAGCAAAAUGGUGAUGCUAUUCGUGAAAACGGAGCUGAAACAUCUUUGGAGGCAAGAAGGAGGUAUGAUCCACUUUUUAAAAUACAUUCUUGCCGGAUGUACUACAUUUCCCUCACUGACUUGCAAAUCACACACAAUAUUUCAUAUAAAUUAGGUCUUGAUGUUUCAUGUCCCUGUAUUAAUUUCAUUACAAAUCUAAUUUACGGUCCUCGUGCGUGUGCUUGUUUUGUCACUUAGUCUUUUACUAAAUACUGUAAGGCAGGUCUUAUAAAGUCUGGCUAGUUGUGUAAGAGUUGGACAUUUAAAGGGACUCUCCAGUCACCAUAACAACUUCAACUAAAUUAAGUUGUUAUGGUGCCAGGAGUCCCCAAUGUGCAUUCUUAUCUUAAGGGGUUAAAGCAUUUGCGAAAAAUCUAACAUCAAAAGUUGCCUCCAGUACCUAUAUGCAGGUAACCCCGGCAGCAUCAGGCAUCUGUAUCUUACCGGAAGCACUUAGUGCCACUGGGCAGGGUCGCCGCCAAUUAGUACGUCCCUAUUGAUUUAAAAAAGAUUUUAUUUUUUGGGGGUCAAUAAUCUGUGAAACAUUACGGUUUUCUGAUAAAUGUCUGUUUAGGUUGGUCUAAAAGAAAGCGAUUAGUGGCAGACAAUUGAUCAGUAGAGGCACUUCCUAAUCAAGACCUGCAUUUUUUAAGAAAUUUGCAUUUGGCAUCUUUAUGUACAGCAUGGUGAUGCUGAACACAAUUGCCAUGCAGGAGCGUAGGAGGUAUUUUAUCAACUAAAUUAAGCUGAAAGAGACCACAUUCACACUUUCUUUGCUGAUGAACCAGGUUGCUAAAGUUCCUAUUAGUUAACAGCUGGAGCAUCACACAUCACAUGUAAACCUCUCCCAGCUAUUUAUGACAUUCCUGUGAUGCCCUCUUUGGAAGAAUAUGGUGAUGACAUGAUCCCUUUCUACAUGCUGAUGCAUUCAAACUCCAAGAUCGGCACAUACUUAUAGAAAAGUAUUACUUCCAUUUCCUGUAACCACAUUAGUUUUUUUUUUGUCUGUGGCUUUAUCAUUGUUAUUUUUUAAAUUUUUAUCCUUGAUAAUAAAAAAAGACAGUUUACCGUCAAAACCUGAAAUAAGGGGAUGUGGGGGUAUAUAUAUCUAUAUGAUAUAAUUAAAGGCUGGGUUCUUUUUUUCUGAGUUCUUUUAGAACUUGUAGCACAAUCUAUCCCUUCUGUCUGUCUAUGUUUUGCUUUAUUCUGCAUUUGGUGACUUUGAAACAUUGUAUCCUUGCCAUUAUCAUCAAUAUAUUUGAAUUGUCAGGUAGUUAACUCUUUUAUUGCUUAUGGUGUUUAAAUAUUUCCUGUUUUCACACCCCGGUGUGGUAUCUUUUUUUCCUGCUUGUUAGAGGGCUUACAGUUGGUUACUUUGCCAACUGAUGACGGGGUUUCGUUAUGGGAUUAAACACGUGUUGUUAUUAAUCUCCGUUUCCACUUACUACUGUUUACUUAUCACUAGAUGUGAAUUAAUAACCUUCUUUUUUUUUUUUUAAAUAUAUCUCCUUUGAAGCUCUACUGGUGACGUUCCCAACGGGACAUCUAGUGAAACCCCAUCCGGUUACACAGAACAGAAUGCCUUUAAUGCACAAAUAGCAAACCGAGACGGCGCCCACUCCUCUCCUCACGUUGCAGCCAGACCCAAAAAUACACCAGCACCAAAUCCACUUAAUGCUCAGACGGGCAGUAGGACUGGUAGGCACACAAUAAUACUUUUCCAUUUAACUAAAUACCAAUAACUUCUAGCAGUCUAUAAAAUGACAGUGUUUGGCACUAAAGUGAGACGUGCUGUGAAAUCCUUGAAUGGCUGUUCAUUGUAGAAUAAGUGUGGGGCAAAUAAUUACCUUGCGAGUGGAAGUUGGGCAAUGAAAAUAUCUUGGCACAAAUACAAGCUUUCUGUCACAAGACCGUGAGCCAGAAGGUCUAAAUUUACAACGCAAGCUUUGUGUGCCAUGCAUUUAGUGUUUGAUUAACCCCUUUAUGGUGAAGGACACGGCCUGUUUUUGCUCAGAAGUGCUUUUACGUCACUGCCCUUCUUUCAACAUCCAAAUUAGUAAGCACAUAAUGACAUUUUUGCUUUGUUCCACUGAGCUAGAAGCACAAGUGUGAUUAAAUAUUACACCCCAGCUGGUUUAGGACUACAUCUCCCAUGAUUCCUUGCUAGCCUGUAUUUGCAGGUUAUGCCUGGUCAACGGUAUGCACACUCUGACUUGAGUCGCAUCACACACAGGUUUGCAACAGAUGAAAAUGUAUUUCCCUUAUUUAUCCAUCGUUAACAUUUCUUUAUUUUGGACUAUGCUAGUUUGGCCCAAUAUAUGUGUUUACCUCAUCAAUUCUCCAAAGCCUUGAGUUUCCAAAAUGUUAGUACAAUAAGUCAAGCAUUUAAAAACGUUUAUUUACAGUCAUUGAGAAUGAAAACAUUUCUCUUUUCCCUGUGGUGAACAAGGGAUUUUCUCUUUUCAUCUAUUUAGAAUUGCCUAGCAAUGCAGUGUUAAGCACAGUCGCCCCUUUUCAAUGUUACAUUGGCACUUCAUUAGGAUAUGUGUGUCCCUGUAUGGUGGCCAUUUAAAGGGUUAAAAAAACAAAAACAAAAAAAACACACAUUGAAAAGACUAAUUGUUCCAGACUUCGAGUGUUUAAGAAUCUUGUCCCCAAUUAUGAAAGACUUUUGUGAAGGGCAACAGAAAUGAACAUUUCAUUCUUGUCCCAAGGACACGUUGCUGGUUUAGCAAAUUCUAUGCAUUACUUGUAUAUUUAAUAAAGUAAAUAAUUGUUCAAGUCACAUGUACAGUAAUUCUAGGCAUUGUGGAAGCACCUAAAUGUGUGUAGCUAUAUUGAAUUAGCACACCUGUCAAUUAGACCUUUCAUGUAAGCUCAAAAUCUCCACGUUCUUUAUACCACAAUUAGUGUAUCUAGCGCAAGGUACAACAAAUGUAUUUUAGUCUGCAACAGAGGCGGCUAAAAGUUACUUUGUUGGCUCUUAAUAUAUCUUUUGGCAACCCGUGAUCUGUAAAGUAAUUACAUAUUGUUUGUGCUUGACAGUUUAUUGUUACUGUUCCAAGUGGAAAAGAUGCUAAUUUGUUAGAGUGCUGUUUGAAGCCCCAAAUUCUUUUCUGAAAUGUGUUAAUUUUUCCCUUUCAGUUAACGGCACAACUGCUGCAAGUGAAGCCAAUAGCACAUCAUGUCCUGAAGUGUUAGCAGCCCCUGCAGGAUCAUUCAUAUCAGAUUGCACAGACAAUACAAGUGACCCAGCAGGUACACAGGUGGCCUGCACUUCAGAAAGCAGCACAUCCACAGUAAACAGUACAGUCAAUGCUGCACCUGAACCUGCAAGGGCUACAGACUCUGUGUCGUCAUCUGCUGCUGGCAGCACCAGUCCCGAAGCGUUGAAACCAAGGCAAUCGACAGCUACUGCCUCUGUGGAUCCUGUAAGACAGCAACCUAGCAGCACUGCAGAGCCCCUGCCACCUGGGUAUGCGGAUGUAUUUUUUUGUUUUUGCAGACGGCUAAUGAUCAUGGACCAGAGAGCUGUCACGUCUCCUCCACAGUGUCUGCAGUGCAGGCAUAUCAGUGUGGUCCUCUCUUCGCAUACUCAUUCCAGCCUGCAGUUUGUGUGUUUUCAAAGUGAUAAUAGAAUUAAUGUUUUUUUUUUAUUUUUAUUUAUUUUGAUGAAUAUUUAUCAGAGGUGAAAAUGUUUCUGCCGUUGCUCAAAAUUGUGAGUGCCCAAGAACUGGGAAGUUUUCACCCCUUUGCUUGCUUUUAAGCAUUUAGAUUAUUAAACUGUAAGAAGUUGGUUUUGGUUUGUGUCACCAGAGUACAUGUGAACAGCAUGAGAUAUUAUGGACAUGUGCAAAACAUGAAAUGAGGAUGAAAAUCAUAAUUCAGGCUGUCCUUGUAAUAGUGAAAUUUUAACUAAAAAUAUGAAGUUAAAACUACUUAACGACCAGUGUUUCCUUUUUGUGUAAUGGGGCUCUCCUGAAUACUCUCAUGAUGUUCAAGGACCUGGACGUGUAUGCGUUUGGUGGUACAUACCUCACUGACCUGCAUCAUUUCUUAUUACAAUGCAAUACAAAAGGGAGAUCUUCUGAAAGGGGGAGAUAAAUCUCAAAAUACAAUUUAUAGAAUAUUUGACAUCUAACCAAUAUAUGGAUAUCAUUUAUUUUAUUUAGAUUCCAGUUUAAGGUUCAUUUUCACAAGGUGUUAUUUAAAAAAAAAAAAAAAAAAAAAAAAAAACAGAAUUCACAAAUAUGCCAAUGUGCCUUUACUAAUGUUGAACAUGUCUGUUAGGAAUCUAGAAAAAAUAUCACACUCUGCUUUAAAAGCAUCCUUUCCACAGAUAAGUACCUUUAGAAAUCUUACUCCGUUAUGAGUCUGCGAACAAUCUGGCAGUUCACUUUAGUCCUCCUAUUAAGAAUCGAACGGUCUUCAAAUGGUUUACAACUUACCUAGGUAUCCUGGAUGUCAUUCAAAAAUGAUUUAUCUCCUGAAAGCAUAAUCAAUACAGUGAGUCGCUGUGGUGCUUAAUGCCCUUUAAGCCGGAGUACCAUUGUUUAAGCAUUAGGCAUAUGUAAAACCAAUAUCUUUUUGUGUGUGUGUCUUUAUAACCUCAUAUUUUUACAGAUGGGAACAAAGAAAGGAUCCUCAUGGCAGAACAUACUAUGUAGACCACAAUACAAGGACUACAACGUGGGAGCGUCCACAGCCUUUGCCUCCAGGGUAAUGUGACUUGAAUUUUGUUUUCCAAAACAAAUCUGUCUCAACACACUACCAACACCAAUGAGAAUAGUAUGAACUGGAAAAUAUAUUUAAAAGAGCCCUGGUAACAAAGAUAAAACCAUAUACAUUGUGCUAUCACACUUUCUCUGAAAUUCACCUCUUUGCAUUACUCUGGGGGACAUAUUUUACUAUUUGAGAUUUAUGAGCAUGUGCUUUGAUCCUGGUGAGUUUGCAAUCUUGUCCUCUUAAUUCUGGGAGAAUUUUCAAACUCUUGCUAUAAUCAUUGUAACAUUUGCAACUAGGUGCAAAAAUUCUACUGAAACAUACAAGUGUGUGCUGUAAAUUUGGUGAGUUUGUGAGAAUGCAUUGGUCUGAUAUUUAGACGGUUUCUGUGAUUCUAUAAUGCAAUCCCAUAAUCUGUUUAAACCCUGGAGACUUGCCUACCUCACCCAUGGUGGUAUACGCAGAAUUCUGGGGAUAUGGGCCGGCACAGUCCUUGUUAAUCAAUGCAUGAAGGUUAAAUUGUCUCCAUUACCUACAGAAGAGAUUUUGUUUUUAUGUCUUUUUCAAAUAUUGUUUUAUCCAAAUCACCAUGAUAGUUGGUUACAUAAAUUUCAGUAGAUAAAUGGCGACCUCUUGUGGUAUGGGAUCAGAUUACCUGUAAUUUGGAUUCUACUAUGGUGCAUUGCAGUGGGACAUAUUCAAUACCACAGUCUCGUAUAAGACUAUCUGCAGAAUACAUGUAACUAAGUGGUUCUGUUGCAAGAAAAAAACAAACUAAAUUAAUAGUAAUACUGUAAGAAAAAGGCCAAUAUAUUAAAACAUUUUAUUUAACCACUUUUAGGACUGUGCAUCCAGUGUUUAUUUGCAGCAUAAUACAUAUACUACCUCCAGUCAGAGAAACUCUCUGCCAGAAAAAUAGAAGAAAGGGUUACAGGGGUAGUAAAGGGCAUAACCCUUAAACCUAUAGUCACUCCAAAUAAUGAGGAAAAAUCACCCCUCAAUUUAGGGCUAGGAUUCCUUAAAAUAACUACCCCCUAUUCAAUAAUCAGUAUAAAAGCUUACAAAAUAAUAAACUUUAUUAAAGACAAAAAAAUAGAAUCAAGACACACAGAAACACCCUAUAAACUAGGGAAUUGAAAUCCAAAGAGACUGCAAAAAUAAUAAACCUCCGGCUGGAAACAGUGGCAUAUCCAGAGCCUUAUCUCAGGAGUGGCACUUGUAGGUUAUUUAAAUAAAAAAUCCAGACACAAUAACCACUACAGCUCAGUGUAGUGAUAAUGGGGGGGGGCAGUGUGUGUGAUAAGACUAGGGUUUUUUUUUUUUUAUAAUAUACUUUUAACAUUUUUUUAUUUAAUUAAAAUAAAUAUAUUUAUGUCCCCCCUCCCUUCUUACCUUUACUGGGAGGAGGGGGACAUUUCUUAGUCCCUGGUGGUCUGGUGGGGAUUCCCUGGUGGCCCAGUGGUUAGAGUGAACUCUGGCCCGCGGUCCUGGGCUAGAGUUCACUCUUGUGAGAUUUGGAGCGUUGCCGUGGUAACCGUGGCAAUGCUCCGUGCUCGCGAGAGUAGGGCCCGGAGGAGCUGCAGGCUGAGCUCCCGGGUCCUCUUUCUCUCCCUCCCCCGCCGGCUGCCAGCACAGUGCCUGCAGACCGGGGAGGGAGAUCUCUGAUCUUACUCUCUGGUCCAUGAAGGCACGUUGCAGGGCUAGCGCCUGCGUGUGCUGGCAGGAAAGAGGGAGACCCUCGGUUUUCUCGGGGAGGGGGGAGGGGGUCAAUUGCCCCACCCUAUUGAGAGAUGUCAAUAGAGGAGAGAAACCUUGUCCAGGGGGGUCUAAAGUAAAGAAAAGGACCCCUCCACUAGAACGACCCACUCAUCCCCCCAAAAAACUUAAAUAAAGAAAAGCCAUUUGGCUAGUAGUCUUUCCGAUAGGGCACAGAACCAGCUGCCAGUGCAGUCAACUAAAGAAAUAUUAAAAAUGUAAUAAACAUCGGAAGCCCGGUGCAAAAAAUCCCCUGUUUGUUGAUGGAUGUGCAAUUUAAUGUGUGUUUAGUUUGGUUUUUUUGGCAAUAAUUUAGUGUUUUUGGAAUGUCAUUUGGUUACUAUAAAUGCUAAGUUCUACUUGAGGAAUCUCUUGGACCUAUGAAGACCUUCGUCAGUGUAGGACAUACCACCCUAAGGUUUCGUUCUACAGGUGGUGCACUUUUGCCUGCCCUUAAAUUGUCAGAUAAGAUUUUUAUUUAUUGAUUUUGUUUUUACACAACUGGCUUAGUCUCCAUUGUCUAUAAAUAUUUUUGCAGUGCAAUGUUUGCUUAUGUUGUGACUUGCUUGGUCAUUGAGUUUUCAUUUAGAAACUGAAUGCACAGUGAUUUGUCUACGAACGUCUUCAUAAUACGAACAUCCAAAACUGGGUUCUACUACUUUGCCUUCAAUUUACACAUUUUUUAGCUCUCCUUUCUCAAGUUUUAUAAAAUACACCAUUCCAUAUUUGAGAAGUAUAGCCAACUGUAAUUGUAUCUUCAUAAUUACAAGCUGUGCAUCUUGUAGGUGGGAAAGAAGAGUUGAUGAUCGAGGAAGGGUUUAUUAUGUCGACCAUAACACACGAACCACAACAUGGCAGCGGCCAACCAUGGAAUCAGUCCGAAACUUUGAGCAGUGGCAGUCCCAACGCAAUCAACUCCAGGGAGCUAUGCAGCAGUUCAACCAACGAUACCUCUAUUCGGUAGGUAUAGACUGUAGGUCACAUGUGUUUUUAUAAUGUCACAGUUGAUAGCCUCAUUAAAUUUGUCUCUGACAUAUAAAUUUUUUUUGUGCAGUUACUAUACAUUGUAAUAGAGAUGGGUUGGUUGGGCUGUAUGAGCUCAUAUUUUGGAUUAUCAUUUUAACCAUGAAAAAAAUAGUAUUGAUUAGUCAUGUAUUUUAAUGCUCUGACUAUAUGUAGCGCCCAAGUAGAUAUGGGUCUUUAACAACUGUCCUAAAGCAUUCUGCAGAAAUGCUCUGGUUGUUGCUGAAGGAUGGAAAGUGAGCACAACCAAACAGAAUGCAAAAUAGAAACUUUUUGCUUUGGUCCAUGGCACCAUUUUCAAGUUUAGAUCAGUCUCAAGCUUUCAUUUAUAAAAUGUCAUUCUCAUAAGUCAUUAGUGCCCUGGAAACAAAAUUUUACUUAUUGAUUCUUUACCAAUUUUACUACAAGCUAAAGCAUUUGGGGGAGAUCUUCCUUUUUCGAGAGCUUCCACAAAUUGCUAUGAGUGAUAUCCCACCAUAGGUCAGUAAGACUCACUUAGCAUCAAAGUUGCUAAUGAGAUUUCCCCAACAUGAGUGUAUUUGCACUUUGCAUUGCUGUUGAUGGAAGUUUAAUCUAGGAGCAGCGCUCACAUCUUAUCAGUCAGUUUGGGGCCCCUUCCUGGGUUUUGAUACCUUGGGUUCCUGGGUACCAGCAGGGAUUUAUCCCCUGCUGGUACCUUUACUGCACGACGGUCUAUGCCGUCACUGGUCAUUAAAGCCCUACACAAUGUGAUGAUCUAGACCAUCAUAUGGGGGUUAAUAUAGGAUCCUGAGAUGAAUGUACUUGUAAAUAUUCAGCUUCAGGCAUUUCUCAGAGCUGCUUGUAACUUUUCUAAUAACUCCCCUAGUGGGAUAUUAAACAGACAGGAACUCUGUAGGGAGAAAUCCAUCAAGACUUUUUCACAGUGCAUGCAGUAGUAUGCAAUCACAUUUUUAACUUGAGGAAUGCUUGUAACUUUUUAUUACAAUGUUCUUUUUUUAAGUUAUAAUUGAUUUUCUUUGUGUAGGCGUCAAUGUUGUCAGCAGAAAAUGAUCCACUUGGGCCUUUGCCACCAGGAUGGGGUAAGAGAUUACAAAAUAAGGUUUUCUGUUUUGCAAACCCAAAUUUAUAAGAAUUAAAGUUCCAUUCCGGUUUGUUCCAGAACGAAGGGUGGAUUCUACUGAUAGAGUGUAUUUUGUAAAUCACAAUACAAAAACAACACAGUGGGAAGACCCUCGAACUCAAGGGUGAGUAUGAGAAGCAUGACUGCAAUCAUUUCAUUUUUUCUGUGUGGUGGGAAAUACAUUUUCAGUGACAUUUCUUCAUUGUAGUUUUGAGUUUUUCAGAUAGCCAUUCUGAAAAUUUACACUAUUAACUAAGUGAUUCCAGUUUGGUUAGAAAGCAAUAUUUGUACCAGCCCUUGUUGAUUGCUGUUUUACCCUGUUGUUAUUUCAGGUAAUACAAACAGUAGUUAAAAUUGUUAGCUUUUCUGUUUGUUUAUUUUUGUUGCCAAUAAUCCAUGGACACUCACCAUUUCUGAUCUUUGGUGAGCUGCCUCUUGCUUAAACACUUUCUUUUACAAUAUAGAUGACAUCCGACCUAUUUAUUCAAUACUUAUGUGUUUCAGAUAAUCUAAUGUGAUGUCACGCUCAUCUCACAUAGUACUGUACAUUGCAAUGGCUUGAUUAUUUUUAAACCAAUAAACCAGACCUUAUCUCCGUACGCAGUGGGUGGGAUAUACAAGGGAAGACCUCUUGGAUUAAGGACUCCUCUGCAUUAUAACAGCUGCUAGCAUUGCACAUGGGGAUAGGGAGAACUUUACACAAAGUACUGUAAUGUGCACAUUAUCAGCAUUGAGGGAUAUAUAUAAUUUCCUCUGUUUUUUCCCUUUACGUAGACCAAGACACUGUCUCCAUAUAAAUGGAAAUGCGAGAACAAUACACUUUUUUGCAUGAAUAGAACAUUAUGUUGUAGGUGCUGACCAGAAUAACUGGAAUUUUUUCUUUUUUACAGUUUACAAAAUGAAGAUCCCCUUCCAGAGGGAUGGGAAAUCCGCUAUACAAGAGAGGGAGUCAAGUACUUUGUUGAUCACAACACAAAGACAACCACUUUCAGUGAUCCACGUACUGGGAAAUCAUCAGUGUAAGAAACACAAAAUGUUUUGCAAAGGCCUUUUUAUCAUCGUUUAUAAGCAAAUGAUCCACAGUAUUGGGGAAUGCACACUUCAGCAAAGUAGACAAUUGAAGAUCCCACUGUUGUAACAAUGGUGGCUAAACUCUGUGUAGAUACAGAAGGGAAAUAAAGGAUCCAAGCACUUUACAAUGCAUUUGCAGGCUUUAAUAGGAAACAAGAUACAGAUUGAUAACAUUUAUCAAGUCUUAAUCAAAUCUAAUGUGCAUUACAACUAGUAUCAUAUAUGUACACCCAUACUAAUUAAAGAAUAAAUCAAUAAGUGAUACCACAACUGAAAUUCAUUAAAAUGCAUCAAAAUACAUAUUACUUGGAUAAUAGUCCAUUUGGUAUCCGUUUUGCUGGCUGGAGCCAUGGCAUUUUCCACUGCAAGAUAUUUAAGCCCUUCUUGAUAUAUAUAUUUUACACUUGGAGUUUGUAAUCUGGACCUUCCCGCUUUCGUACGUCUACAUACCCCUAUUUCUCUGCCAAGAAUUAUGGAAACUAUAGCCAGUAGCAGCAGGAGAAUCAGAAUUGACACUGUGCUGAGUACAUGCUUAGAAAGUUAAAGGAACACUAAGACCCUAGAUCACAUGCCUUGCAAGAACUUCAGUGAGCUGCAUUGGGAAGCCCGUGAUUGGACAGUCACAGAAAAUCUGGGACGGGUUGAAAGGGGAGGACUUGCAAAGGCUUCAGACAAGAGAAAUGCAGCUUUUGCAAACCGUUUUAGAUAUAUCCCCAAUGAAAUGAAAUCAUUAAAUGCAUUGUUUAUGUUGAGGUAUAUCUACUAAACAGUGGUGUUUUACAUUUUAUUUAUGGGUGUUAAUUAUUGUCACUGUCCCUUUAGCUUUGCCUCUGAUUUUUAUUUUAUUUAUUUAUUUAUUUUUUUCAGAACAAAAGGUCCACAAAUUGCUUAUGAACGCAGUUUUCGGUGGAAACUCGCUCAUUUCCGUUACUUGUGUCAGGUAAUUGUUUGUAAUGGAUUGACGUGUAGCCAAAGAGGAAAGUUUUCCCAAGCCUUUCCAUAAUAUAAUGUACUAUUUAUUGUGUAAACAUAACCUUUACAUGCUGUGCAAGCAUAACCUUGCUUUUGGAGGCACUUUUGAUGUGCCUCCUCGUCAUGUUGCAGGAAUGUUAAGUGAUUUAUAUGGAGCUUGAAAUGAAGAAGAAAAAAAAAUUUAAUAAAAUCACUUUUUAAAUUACUUCCUACUAAAUUAUAAAAUAAAUACUCUUGCAAAGGAAUCAUGUGUGCACUCGUCGGCAGUUGCUGGCUCAUUGUACUGAUUAAGUUUAAUGGUCUUUUAUUACCCGUAAGUACAUUUUAAAAUCUUUUAUAAUUUUAAGUAGACUAUGGGGGAAAAAAACGUUUUUUUUUUUUUUUGUUUGUUUUUUCACCGGUUCUUGAUGACUGGGUGAAAGGAAACUGUCACUUUUUAAGAUUUUAAAUGUUAUCCUAUUUAUGUACUGAAGUGAUAAUUUAAAGUGAAUUUCAACUUUAAAGAGAAAAUCGCAGGAUUGUAAAUAAAUGUCAGCCAUGCUUUCAGUUGAGUUACUCUGUCAUUAAGGCGGCACUGUUAUGUCAAACUAACCUUUCUCCUAUUGUUUCCUCUACUCUUCCUGUCUCAGAACCUGUUCUUCAUUUCUGAUCUAGUUUUCUUUAAAACAGAAGUAUAUAUUUUUCCUACACCUGUAUAUAGUAUAAAUUUACCUUUCUUCCAGUCUACUGCUGCUGCUGGCUCUGUCCCUGAUCUGCCUGCUUGGCUGACAUCCUCAGAAGUGUUGAUCAAGGCCAAUCACAAGGUUUUCCCAUAGGAAAGCAUUGGAUUGGCUAAGCUUGCCAAGGAAGCAGAUCAGGGUCCAAGCAAGCACAAGCCAAACACAGCCCUGGCUAAUCAGCAUCUCCUCAAAGAGAUGCAUUGAAUCAAUGCAUGUCUAUGAGGAAAGUUCAGUGUCUCAAUGCAGAGGGUGGACACACUAAAUGGCAGUUCUGCACACUGUAUAGCAUUGCCCCAGGAAGCAACUCUAGUAGCCAUCUGAGGAGUGGCCAGUGGAGGUAUCCUAAGGCUGUAAUGUAAACACUGCCUUUUCUCUGAAAGUGUUUACAGCAAAAAGCCUGAAGGGAAUGAUUAUACUCACCAGAACAAAUAAGCUGUAGUUGCUCUGGUGACUAUAGUGUCCUUUUCCCUUGUCGAAGUGGAGUGAAUAUUGUGGGAACAUUUUCUGACACAGAAAAUUGAGCCAACUUAAGCUCCUUUUUGGCUCAAAGAAAGUCAGGCAUAGGAAAAAUACUUAAGACAAAGUAGUCCCUAUUUUGACUUGUGUUUUAAAGAAAACUAGAUGGGAAAUGAAAUUUCUAGGUGAUGCAGUGGCUUUAAUCAGCUAUGUGGUAGGGAUUCAGGAUUUACUGCAAUAAGAAAAUGGAAAGUAUAUGCUUUCUCAUAAGCUAUAUUUUUCUUCCAGCUGCAACUUUAAUGCAAUGAGAUGCAGGGAGAGCACCAUUGCAGUAGCUAGCUUAUGCAGAAACAUUACAGUAAAUUACAAGGAUUCCAUUAGGCACAUCACAUGCAUGUGCCAGCGGUUUUGAUGGUUGCACUAUAUAUAACCUCAGGUUCUGUUUAAAAUGUACCUUCAAAUCUUUUGCAAAUAAUCAUUUUACAUCUGUUUCUACAGUCAAAUGCAUUGCCAAGCCAUGUCAAGAUAACCGUAUCCAGGCAGACACUUUUUGAAGACUCCUUUCAGCAGGUACACUAUACAUUAAGAGUGUGAUAAGAUACCAUGUUCCUUUAUUUUAUUUUUUUAAUGCAGAUAUGUGUCUUACUGUUGCUUAUGGUUAUUCCCACCAGUUGUCAAAAUAAAUGGUAUGGUGUAGAAUUAUGUGAAAGUAAAGAAAUUGCUCAGUUUGUACUGGACACUUGCUGAGCUACGUUGACACUCCAAUACCUGUAAUAUUCUUACAUGUAAAAUAAAAAAAUGCCUCUUAUAGACCUGGGUGCGUAAAAUCAUUUUAAUCUCUUCUUUACAUGUUCCAUAAUAUAAAAAAAUUAUACAUUUUUAAAAUAUGACCUUAUGCACUAUUUCUCUUUUCUUGGGUUUAUUUACCUCAUAAAUAAAGCGAAUUCUAAAAGAUCCUUGUCACUGUCUUAUACUUUAUGUGCUAUUUAUUUAUUUUAUUUUUUUCUAUUCACCUUUUGGCUGAUUCAUGAAUAAAAAAAAAAAUUAUAUAUAUAUAUAUAUAUAUAUAUAUAUUUUUUUUUAGCGUUUGUGGCAUUGCAAUGUUCUGAUACUGUAGAAAAGGUUCAUAAAGUGUGAAGACAUAUUUAUCGAAUGCCUUUCCAACCAGAUACGUUUUUAAAUUUGUUAAUUUUUUUUCAUCUGUAGAUCAUGGCGCUAAAACCGUAUGAUUUAAGAAGACGGUUAUAUGUAAUGUUCAGAGGCGAAGAAGGUUUAGACUAUGGCGGUCUGGCAAGGUAACGGUUUGCUUUAUAGGUUUUAACUUGGCAUCUAUGUGAUCUGCAGAUUAUUUUAAUAUGUGGGAAGUGCUUUCUGUGGCAAUAUAUACAGCCUAAUGAAUCUGGAGUCAAAUGGCCAAAUAAUUCUCCUGUCAAAUACAACAAAAGUAUUUCUGAAUUAUAUUAAAUUGGACUACUGGGGUGAGGGGGGGGGAAAUCUAGCAAAGAUUUACAUUGCUUUUUGAGUGGAGACUGCUGUUGUUGUAUGGUAAUGUACAUUGACUCUUAUAUAGACUGGCUAGCUAUAUACGUGUUGCUAUUAAAUGUUACUGCAAGAUGCAUUUGCUCUUUUCAAUAAUUACAGCCAAUGUAAGAUGAUUUGAGCAGUUGUGCUUCUUAUAAACCAUUGUGUUGGUGCAGACAUUUUUAGUGCUCUGUAUGGUAUAUUUUGUCCUUACUGCGGUUUCUUACUGGAUUCAUUGUCCGUGCUUGUUUGCAGAGAAUGGUUUUUCUUACUUUCUCAUGAAGUGCUGAACCCGAUGUACUGCUUGUUUGAAUAUGCAGGAAAGAGCAAUUACUGCCUGCAGAUUAACCCAGCAUCAACGAUCAAUCCUGAUCAUCUCUCCUAUUUCUGCUUCAUUGGACGCUUCAUUGCUAUGGUUUGUAGUCUUUCAUAUAUAAAGGGAGCUACUGCAUAUUGUGUAUAUAACAUAUGAUCCAUCCUGGAGACAAUGAGUACAAUUCAGUGUACAGUUCAUAUUUUAUAAUAAUCCUUGAGAUUGUUCCCUGUAAUGAUCAGCUAGUACACAUCACUUCUGCAGUCUUGGGGCCCGUUAUUAAGUACGCACGGGGACAUACACAGGCAUGCCUCAAUUUUAAUGAUGAUAGCUUAAAUAGCUGCCUUACAUGACUGUAACUCCCACAAAUCUCAGCCAGUAUUGGGACAUUAGUCCUCACAUCAGGGCUUAAAAUUUCAAAUCUUGCCUGACCUUAAAAAAUUACUUGUCACUGUACCUGGAGGGUGCCUAGAGAGGGUGCCUGGCACACUCACCAUGGCUAAACUUUUACUUGCGAGUGCUACAUUUUUACUGGUUGGUGACGAGUGGGAAAUUUUGAGCCCUGCCCGAAAUGUAUCUAACACAUUUCCUCCUAUAGAACAAAAAUUAACCCCUACAUUUAAUUUCCCAUUAACCCCUGCAACAAUCCUAACUAAAAAAUAUAAUGUGAUAUAAAAGAUGUAUAAUGGUGAAGGUUGUUUAACUGGAAUAUGACAAUUUGAGGUUUGUGUGUGUGUUUUUUUGUUUUUGUUUUUUAUAUAUAUAUUGCGUGAGUUACGAUUUGUGGGUGCCCAUUAUAAGUACACAAAAGAUUGAAUGCCAUAUUUCUCAUGAACUAUUUACAGAAUAUCAGUGAUUAUAUAUUUUAGAUAUUGUCUUGUACAGUUUUAUUGUACUAUUUAAUUCAUGUAUCACUUUUAAUCUAAUGAAUUAAAAGGCAAACAGGUAUUCUUUUUACAUCAAGAUGGCGUUCUGUGUAAUAAGAGUAAAUCAGCUGUAUAUUUGAGUUGCAUAGUGUGUUUGAAUGACAGUGAGCAGGAAGGAACACACGUUUUUACGAUUUAUCUUUUGUGACAAAGAGAAGUUGGUGUCAUGGUGAAUACAGAAAAAUAAAGACCAUAAGGAUGUAAAGAAACAGAAAAAAAAAUCACAAGGGGGCAACGGAAAAAAAAAGACACCUCUUAACACGUUCCACACUUUUCAUUCCCUAAUAAUUUAGACUACAGUCUUUGGAUAAUACUAUAUUAUAAAAAUAAAACUUUGGUGUAAAGCCACUCAAUGCACUUACUGAUGGUUUUGUGUUCUUCUUUAGGCCUUGUUCCAUGGUAAGUUUAUUGAUACAGGAUUUUCUCUCCCAUUCUACAAGAGAAUGUUGAGCAAGAAACUCACCAUCAAAGAUCUGGAAUCCAUUGAUCCAGAGUUCUAUAACUCCCUAAUAUGGAUAAGGUUAGUAAGUAAAGAUGUGUCUUCCCAGUAGCAAAAGCUGAUUAGCAGAUGGUUGCCAACAUUAUUUGUCAUUUGCAGGGACAAUAACAUUGAAGAAUGUAACUUGGAGAUGUACUUUUCUGUGGACAUGGAGAUUCUGGGGAAAGUCACAUCUCAUGAUCUUAAACCUGAAGGAUCCAACGUCCUUGUUACUGAAGAAAACAAGGAAGAAUAUAUCGGGUAUGAUGAACUUUUUAUAUGUUUUUAAAUCUCAGAAAGACUGAAAGAGAUAAAUAUUUAAAAAUAUUUUGGCCUGUGUGGAAGUAUUAUGUAACCUUCUUAGACUUCUAUUUAUCUUCAUCUAGGAAACUGUCAUACUACUUUAAGGGAUAGAAUUAUCCUUGUAGGCAUUAUACCAUACAAAGUAUUAGUGAUUCUCAGCUGGGCCUGAUCAGGAUUAUGUUGUCAUUUCUGAAGCUUGGGAAGUCUGCCUGUAGCAUUAAAGGUUCUACUCCACAACAGUCACAGAUUACUGUUGACACUCCUGCUGUUGGAGACUAUAGCUGUUUAAAUGGAUGAGUAUCAUGGUACUGAUUUCUUCAGGUUUGCAAUUUCUGUUAAAGUACAUUUGAUAAUUUGAAAGCCAGAGAUGUGUACUUUAAUAGACCAGUUCAUUAUAAUUUUUAUUUUUAUAUAAACUGGCUCCACCAAUAUCUACCUAGAAUUUCUUUGGGCCUUUGACUUGUUUUUCAUUCUGUGCAGCAUCAGACACAUGUCCAUAUAGCACUUUCCUGUUUAUAGAAUGGGUAGUCUUACAUUUCUGUCAAAUACGGUAAUCUAUAAUUUAUUAUACAGGGUGGCCCGUAAUUCCCCACCCAUCCAUAUAUUUUAUGUAUUCAGUGUAUCUGUGUGCGGUAUGGGUAGGGAUUUAUGGGCCACCCUGUACAUAGCAGAGUUCCUUUAGGGAUAUAGUUCAUUGCAUUUAGCUUACGUAGAAGCAAGUCUUUUUUGGGGGGGGGGGGGCAGGGAGAUGUGCUUGUUGAAGUCACUAUCAUUGUAUAGCAGAUGUUCUUUAAAGAGAUGUUCUUUUAUACUUGAUGUAUUUUAGUCAAUAUAAUCUGAUUUGUAGCUUAAACACAGCUAGAGGUCAAUCAAAAUAAACUGUGAAUGUUGUGUAUCUGUGCUAUUUAUUCAGUGUAUUUUUUAUAAACUGGGCUUCUUGCUGCUACUCUCUAACAGUCCAGGAUUCAGGGAUUACCCAGUUGUGUCUAAGGUGUUUUUAGAAAAAGAAAAAAAAACACUUUAGACACAACAGGGUAAUCCCUAAAUUCUGGACUGGUAGGGGGUACUUUAGGACUGAGUUACGAACCACUGGAUAGAUUAUUGUGCAUAUUACUAUAUAAAUAGCCUUUUACAGACUCCUCUAAAUCAAUUAAAUGUACAAGAAAUGUUGUGAACACCUAUCUCUCCCCCAUCCUUUUUUUAGGCUAAUGGCAGAGUGGAGAUUCUCACGUGGAGUUGAAGACCAAACCAAAGCAUUUCUUGACGGCUUUAAUGCUGUCGUCCCACUUCAAUGGCUGCAGUACUUUGAUGAGAAAGAGUUAGAGGUUCGACAUAUACAAAUGUACAUAUAUACAUAAAUCUAUAUUUGUGACAAUGGGCAAGAAGACUAAUGCAUUAACUGUAUUAGUUGAUUUAUUUUGAAAUACAGUUGUUUGAAAGUAGCAUCUAAUGUGUUCACAUACAUUUAAGUUGACUACAAAAAAAGACAAAACAAAAAAUAUAUUUUAAAUAGCUUUUAUCGGUUUUAACUCCUUCAAUGUACUUGCCAGAGAGUAUGGUCAUUUUUAGAUCAUAUGCAAACCCCACCUUUUUUUCUUGAUUCUUGCACCAAUUAUGCCUAGUUAUCUAUCUCUAAAAAUAUCUCAAACAUGCUGCCAAUCAGAGUGCAGGUACAUAAUGUGUUCCCUAAAAGGAGGGUCCUUGCAGCAUCUAGAUCCUGGGUUGGUAAAGCGGUCUAAAAAACGAAUCCGUUCCGAUUAUAUUGUGUGAUUUAAAGGGACACUAUAGUCACCAGAACAACUUCAACUUAAUAUAGUUAUUUUGGUAAAUAUGGUCAGUCCCUUCAGCCUUUUUGCUGUAAACACUUCAUUUCAGAGAAAUGCUCCAUAGCGACACCUACAGUGGCCAUUCCUCUGAUGGUCACUAAAGAUGCUUCCUGGGCAGUGCUGCACUGUGUGCAGCACGAAUGUUCAGCAUCUCCACCCUCUGCAUGGAAACACUGAACUUUUUUCAUAGCGAUGUAUUGAUUCAAUGCUUCUCUAUGUGUAGAUGCUUAUCGGCUAAACCGGCGUUUGGCCCUGCCCUCCUCCUUGGUGAUCUCAACCAAUCCAAUGUUUUUCCUUUUCCCUAAAAUCAUGAAUUGUUGCCCUUCCUCCCAAGUAACUCAAAUCUAACAGACUCAAUGUUUUCAUUGACUUGUUUACCUAGACUAUACUAACCCAACACGAUAUGGAUAUUCAUUACUAAUUUAAUGUCAUAACGUUCGUAUAUAACUUGCUUGUAACAUUCACAAAACACAUUUUGACAUGUAUAUACAUCCUUAAAAUGUUUCCAGUGCUCUUAAUGUUGACCUCCAGGUAACUGAUUGAGACUGGCAUCUAGAGAUGGACCUUUCGUAGUUACAGGAUACAUUUGUUAAUAUAGGAGUUAAAAAGAAAUGGGGAACAGUUCACCUUGAAUGGUUAUUCACUGUUUGCCAAGUUUCAUGAUGAAUUCUGCAGGGUGCGAGUUGCUGAUACAGGGAUAGAGGCUGAGUUCUCAUUACAAAAUCCCAAUGUCAAGUUUUUCUGAGUUUAGCACCCAAUUAUAAAAUGGUAAUCUAGAUUUACCUUUUGUAACAAUCAAAUGCUACACAAUCUAUAAGAAUAGCUACUUCUCGAGUUGUAUCUACAGGAAGGUAAACAUAUCCAUCAUCAUCAUCUACACACUGAUAAGCAGAUAAAAAAAAUACUUCUACUACACUCAGUCUAGAAUGGUGUGACAUUAUGCAGAGUCCACCCCAUACUUGUACUAGUAAAUUCAGAAUUUGUUUGCUGCUUAAUACACAAAGUAGCAUGGUUUCAUAACUUAUCGUAGAGUUGGCCAAACGUCCAAACCAAGACAACGUGUUUUAUAGGUGGAGACACUACUGACGGACUGUUAAAAUGCGGCUCACUCACAGUUCGAGUGUCUGUUUGCAUUCAUUUGUUGUUUUUCAUUUUCUGAAUAAUCUGAUUCAUAGCUAAAGUGACCAUACCAACACAUGUAUCCUGCAGUACUGUAAUGAUUUCUGUAUGAUCACCCUGUCUGUGCAUAGCUAAUGUAGAUCUCACACUACACUAGUAACUUGUAUAUUGAGCUUCCAUGGAAUGUGAACAAUAUGUGUGAUGUCUUAGGUGAUGCUCUGCGGAAUGCAGGAAGUGGAUUUAUCAGACUGGCAGCGGAACACAGUGUAUCGUCAUUAUACAAGAAAUAGCAAGCAGAUCAUUUGGUUCUGGCAGGUAAUCUAGAACUUAUCAGUAACUAUUCUAAAUACUUUAGUUCAUAUAAAAUUGUCUUUUGCAUGGGUAACUAUUGGUGUAUCACUUAAUAUUCAAUUUGCCAUGGAUUAGUGUUUAUAAAACCUCAUUACUUGACUUUAAAGAAACACUUCAGUGCCCUAAAUAAUUUCAGUUAGAGGUAGACAUAAAAAAUGGGUUACGUCAAAUGGUGGUGUAGAGAUGCUAAACAACACUAAUAAGUAGUAAAAUAUUGUUUACAGAAUAGUCCCAAAUUUGAUUGAUAGCAGAAUUUUUGAUAGCGGAGGUGAAGUACAGCAGGUAUUGUAUUGUGUUCACCAUCUUAUGCGGAUUCUGUGAUAUGAAUGGACAAGGAUGGCAAAAUAUAGAUGUGUCAUAGAAUAGAAUGGCUGCCAUACAUGUAGGGAUGCUGAUUUAGGAAAUAGAAAUGGAAUGGUAUCUUUAUUUUUAUUUUAUUUUUUUAGAGCUGUAUACAUUCUUGAGUCAGAAUGCUUCUUAAAGUUAUCUUAAAUGUAUUGUUGUUGAACCCAUGUGUUAAAAUUAAUCUCAGUAUACAGAAACUGUAAGAAAAUUUACAAAUGGAAAUCAACUUUUCUGAUCUUUCAGUUUGUGAAGGAAAUGGACAAUGAGGUGCGACUUCGGUUACUCCAAUUUGUCACUGGUACCUGCAGGUUACCUCUGGGCGGGUUUGCGGAGUUGAUGGGUAAGUUUAAGCCUUUGCUUAUGGACUGAUUACUGUUGGAUGGGCCUGGCUGAAUGCUUUCCUAAUUUCAGAUGUUCCACUUUUUUAGUGGUGUGACAGACCUUCUCUGUUAUGGGCUUUGUAAAUUCAUUUGACAUUAAAACUGUCUGCUGUAAAGGUACAACCAGGACACACAUGCAAAGCAGUGCUGUCUGGGGUCAUUAAACUAUAUAUAAAAAAAUAAAUAAAUAAUGAAAUGACCUAAUGAUGGCUGACUGUUUUUGUGUAGUUGGGGGUGCUUGGCUAUAAAAUUAAUUGAAUUUAAAGUGGACUGUAGAAACACAUAUAUGCAUUGUAAAACUUGGUUUGACUUUUUUUUUUUAUAAUAAACAUUUUGCUAUAUAAGCCCAGGUCGUCAGUUUCUCUUCCCAAACUGCAGUGUAUUCCUCUCUCAUGUAAGACAACUGUCUUUUUUUUUUUUUUUCUUUCAUUUUGUUCUUUUCAAAGAGCCUGGAGUGUAACACCAAAUGUUAGUUGUGUAAAAGGACUGCUAAGCGUAUGGUUUUUAAGAUUUCUGCUGGGAAAAGUUACACAAUUGUUUUUCUAAUCUAGGGAGUAAUGGACCUCAGAAAUUCUGUAUUGAGAAAGUCGGCAAAGAAACAUGGCUGCCAAGAAGUCAUACAUGGUAUGUAAAAUUUUGAUCCCAUUGUGAUAUGAUGGUUGAAAUAAACAUAAAACAGUACUGCGAGACUGGUUUAGGAAUGAAUGAGACAGGGUUGACAGAAUGAGGAAGGGUUAGUGUCACAUGGUUGGAGGAGGGAGUGUUACAUGGAGAGGGAAGGUAAAGGUGAUGGCGAGACUGGGUGGGUGGGGAUGACGGAGGAUGGGGGUGUGGUAUAGUGUGGAGCAGGAUCCUAGACAGAGGACCCAACAUGUUAGUGUGCCUUAAAGCGAUUUAGAGAGCUGCCUCUGCUGGACCGCACAUAUAGUCAUUGUGAGCUGCAGGCUUCAUCUCAUUAAUAUGGUUAUAGUUCCUAAAGUGCCAUCCUUCCAUUCAGCAUCAAAUUAUUUUUAUAUUUUUUUAAUGCUAAACAAAAGCUCCCAGCAGCCCAUCUCCUCUGUAAUGUUUGUGGAAAUAAAGUAUUAGCCUGAGUAGCAGCUGACCACAGCACCCAUUAUGGGUAUGAAUUAAAGCAAGUGUAUAAUGUUUUAGCCAUACCUUUAGAGAGGGCUGUGUUGUGGGUGGCCAGGGAUCCUUAUUUAGUGUUAAAAUGUCCAGAAAUGGCUAACACUGCAUGGAGGAAUGUUGCAAUGGGAUGAAAUAGAUGUAGUGCCCGCAGCAUCCCUUUUAAGAGUUCUUGGGUAAACCAUCUUCAUUGGUCUCUGCCCCAACUUGCAAAACAUCUACCUUUCUUUUACAGUUUCAACCGUUUGGAUUUGCCUCCCUAUAAAAGCUACGAACAGUUAAAAGAGAAGCUGCUUUUUGCAAUUGAAGAAACUGAAGGUUUUGGCCAAGAAUAAAUAGCAGCUGUGUCUAAGACGCACACAAUGCUAAAGGACAUCUGUGUUCUGUCCAGCCAAGUAACAUUGCACACUCUUACUUGUAUAUAAGCUGUUUAGUCUGUACAGUGAUCUUUCUGAAACUAAUGCGUAGAUAUUUCUGUUCUUCCACAUAGAUAUGCAAAACACUUUAGCCUUUUCUAUUUUUAUUUAUUUCCCCUUCAAAUAACAGAAUAGAUAAAAUAACUUUAAUUUUAAAAUGCUGACCGAAGACUUUAUUUUAAGAUUUAUAUAACUGUAUGUACUGAGAACUCUAGUUUUAUAGAGUUGUAAGUAUACAAAAAAAGAAAAUCACAGCCAUUGGAGGACUGGACCUGCUUUAUUCAAUAAGAAACACUUUGCGAUCAGUGGUUUACAUAUACAACAUCCAUACCACAAAUGAUUAUUGCAUGGCAGCCAACAAAUGGUGUUAAAGGCUAAUGCCCAAAAAAAUUAAAAAAGACUUGAUUAAAAUAUAAAAAACUGCUGCUGGCUUUUUAAAGUGGCAGAAAAUGCCAAGUUCUGCCCAAUUCAUGUAUUCAGUGUGAUAACUGGUGAUCUCUUCAAUGGUGCAAAUAUAGAGGAGCUGUGAGUGGAACAAUGUACCUGGGUAGGUAGCAGUGUUCAAAUUAACCCUUUAGCAACAAGGGUUCUGCCUCACACAGUUGCAGAGUGGUGUUAGCACCACACAGCAUACAAUCAAUGUGGAACCACAGGCUUUUAGACUUGACAGGAUGAGGAGUUGAAACGGUCUAGUGUGAAUACCAGGAUUACAUUGCAAACUUUUCAAAAGAAAAUGACAAAUUAAAUUUUUUUUUUAAUCUCAAAUCUGUGUGUGGUGUAAUUUCAUUUUUUCCCCCAGACUAUAGUUCAGAAUUCAUCUUCUAUACUUCUGCUUUCCAUGAGUAUUUAGUGCAAACACCGUUUUAAACCUUCACUCUUGAGGUAGAAUUCUUUAAUCAUGAACACAGUAAAGGAGUUUAAGCAUGCGUGGGAUAGGCGUAAGGCUAUCUUAACUAUAAGAUAAGGCUAGGAACUAAUGAAAG